AUGGCUUCAUCGACGUUUCGUGGUCGGCGCGUCGUUGAUCCCAUACCACUCCAGCGUGACUCUUUGCCGAGGGAUCGAAAAUACCCCUCGUCUUUUUCAGGUAGUCGUUUUAAACGUUAUUUCAACAACGCGCACAGUUUUCCCCGAAAUAAGUUUACUUUCACUUUGUUGAUCUUAUGUAAGGUCAGAUUUCGAUUAAAGCUCACGCUUUUGUUUUGAUCAAAUCGAUCUGUUUAUUAGAAUUACAGGGCCGUGCGGUUGAAAGCAGCGCAAAACUUAAAUUUUAGUGAACGAAUUUCGUUUCUCAGUGUCAUAAGGUACAUAAUCUUUCCACUUUGUAGAUUUAGCAGCUGCAUGGGAAAAUGUCGGAGAAGUGAAGUCUGCGGUAAGUGAAAUUUAAGCCAUUUUGUCUGGUUUCUUUUCAGCUGUUGUCUGGACUGCUUUACCUGUGAAAUAAACAAGCGAUUUGUAUUUACUUUUGUCAGUAACAUUAAGCUUUUUACAGAAAGUGUUCCUCUGUUUUUAAAACUUGUCCCAGUCUUUAAGGUCAUAUUUUUCUCAAGUUUGUUUUGAGCCACAUUAUAUAUGCCUUUGUUUCCAUUGUCCCGGUAGAAGUGUUUGUUUAACGAAGUCAUCAAUAUAAAACAUGGUCAUACUUUAUAAAAUCGACUAGCGUCAAUACAAUCGAUAGCAAUCAAUAUUUUAAUAGUUGUCAUAGAUAACUAGUUGUUACAGUUUCUUAGAAAAUAGGAAUUUUACCAGCUAUAUACAACUGAAUUUGCACAAUAAAGAAAGAUGUUCCCGUAUUACCGCUGCUUCCGUGAGUGGGCUAGGUGAAGUAAAUCCUGAAUUCUUAUUGGCUACCUUAGUGCACAAGAUAUGAAAGGCCUGUCUUGCACACUUGGAGUUUUCCAUGUUGGUGCCACAGUAAAAGUCCUCUUGGCCACUACAAAUUCUUUAUUUGACCGAGCUUGUUCGGUCAAGAUGGCUGCUGAGUCUCCCAUGCAGAUGUUCUUAGGGUUCGUCACGCGUUCUUGCCCCACUAACAUCUGCUGAAAUGAGUGGUUAACUUCCGUUCCCAUUGUUCGCAAAUGUCAGCUGGAGCUCACUUGCAGAUUGUCAGGGAACCAAUCCGAACUGUUGAAAUCAAAGUGUUCAUUAAUUUCUGUUUAAGGCGUAGUUGAAUAUUUUCAUACAAAAUGUACAGUACUAAUAAUAAUAAUAAUAAUAAUAAUAAUAAUAAUAAUAAUAAUGCUUAUACAAUGAAAUGCUUAACUUAAAUAUCCUUCUUGCCCUUUUAUUGAUUAUUUGCUAGCAAUUCUAUUUUUUCGCCCAUUCCUUCUGAUUACUAUUAAAAUGCCAUCUGAGUGUGUGACUACAUGUGAAUGUUGAUUUUGUGGUUUUUUUUAGCUACAAGCUGCAGAAGCCAGGAUUAAUGAAGCAAAUGCAGGACUUGGCUCUGAAGUGGAGCAAAAUGGAGAAGUUGAUGUUUCACUGCAAGAGGUGUUCUCAGAGAGGCAAAGAUAUGGAAGAGUUGCCAGGUAUGAACUGAGGCCCAGUCGCUUUGGACAAGCUGCGUCUUCUGUCCCCUCAUUUGGAGAAGACCAAAUUAAUUCAAGGAGAGUUCCUGAUUUCCCUUUGGUAAGGAUGAUAUCACCUUCUUACAAUGUUAGUGUUUUUUUUCCUUUAAAAUGUAAUAUCAAUAAACCACAGUUUACUCUCUCUCUUAGUGGACACCUACAGCACUGCAGGGCAUCAAAAUGUGCCAGUUACUGGUGCUAUCUCUGGCUACUUUGAGGUGUUCACAGGCUGUAAAUAGUUGGAGAAGAGAAAAGAAAAUGGCUGAUUAAAAAAGUUGUAAAAUAGAAAAAUAAAAUAAGUUGUUUUAAUCAUGCCCUGAAUGUUCUUUUUUGGGAUUUUUAACGUGUUGCCAAAUCCGUUCCCACAUAGUUCUUUCCGUAGCCAUAAUAUGAUACCACGAAUUGAAUAAAAAUAGCGUAGAUGCAUGGUGUGUUUACAUUAUCUUUAAAUAAUCUUUCACUAAGAAUGAAGAAUAAAAGACACACGAAAGCUUUUGAGUGUCUCUUUUUUGGAAAUUGUACGUGUUGGCAUGCUAUUUCUAAUUUUGAAACAAAUGUCAAACAAACCUCUGGUUUUACACUCAUCUGGCAUGAGUUUGCGUUUGAAAUUGAAUGAAAUCAGUUGGUUCCUGCCUCUCUUUUCUCCUCUCUUAACUUUUAACAAGACCGACAGCAUUCUUAGACGGACACUUAGUGCUGUUCCCAAAGGUGUCUGCCUUAGAGAGAUUUGACCGUAAUGGAAGACAGAAAGCAACUCUAGAUGUCCAUCCUAUUUGACUCUCUAUAAGACAGACAUCUCUCUAAGAUGGACACUUAGUGUUGGCCUCAAAGGUCUCUGUCUUAGAGAGAUUUGACUGUAAUGGAAGACGGAAAGCAACUCUAGGUGUCUGUCCUAUUUGACAUUCUAUAAGACGGACAUCUCUCUGAGAUGGACACUAACUUAGUGUCAGUCCCAAAGUUGUCCGUCUUAGAGAGAUUUGACUGUAAUGGAAGGCAGAAAGCAACUCUAGGUGUCUGUCCUAUUUGACUCUCCAUAAGACGGACAUCUCUCUGAGAUGGACACUUAGUGUCAGUCCAAAAGUUGUCCAUCUUAGAGAGAUUUGACUGUAAUGGAAGGCAGAAAGCAACUCUUAAGUGUCUGUCCUAUUUGACUCUUUAAGAUGGACAUCUCUCUGAGAUGGACACUUAGUGCUGGUCCCAAAGGUGUCCGUCUUAUUGUUGUUGCUGAAUGUUACAAUAGUAGUUUUUCAUUUUUAUUCUCACAAUGGUAUCUUGUCCUAUUUUUUUUUGUUCCACAGAAUAUCAAUAGACCAUCAGAGUCAUCUACCAGAGCCCCUGUACACACUCCCCUUCUGUCUCCACCUUCUAAGGAUAGCCAUGAUAAGGUUCCAAAUGGCGGAUUUUCAAGAAAUCGAGGGCCUUCCUAUUCUGCUCACCCUGCUGAAUCUGAAGUGCGAGACCCUGGUGUGGCCACUGCAUAUUCUUCACUUUAUACUGCAAAUGAUCCCUUGGGCCGUAGACCUCCUAUCAGGCUUUACGGAAAUACCCUUUCAACAAUCCCAUCUGCUUCUAGCUUUGAAGACUCCUUAGAAAUUGGAGAGAGUUCAUCAAGAGUGUGUCGAAAUGAAGCAUGCUCAACUUCCUCCCUUGGGCUCAGACCUACAAUAGCAAACAAUUCAGGUACUGUGCAUGAGGAAAUUAGCUUAGAGUUCUUUGAUUUUCUGGACUUGGUUGGUUAGAUGUUCGAUAGCACUAUAUACAGGAUAAAUCUGGCCGCUAGUUUUUAGUGUUGUACAGGCUCCAGUUGUUCAAAAGGUAGAUAAUACUAUCCACCAAUUAAAUCUUAAUCCACACUGGAUAGCACAAUAAAUUAUUGUUGUUUUCUCCAGUACUUAUCUACUGGAUAUUGAUUUAUCCAGUUGAUAUCAGUAUCACUAUCCAGCUUUUAAACAACUAGGGCCAGGUGUGAAAAUCAUCUGACCCAUACAUAUCAUCAGCUAAGCACAAAGCAAUAUCUUGGUUAAUAAAAUGUGAAAAGCUAAACCUCCAAAAAUUGCAAGUAAGCCACUCGUAGUAUAAAUGCUUCAAAUAUAGGGAACUUUUAUCCAGAAAUUUUUAACCUCUCUCGAGAUUUAGAAAUUAUUUUUCUAGGCCUGCAAUAGUUAUUUUACAGAAAAAAGUCCUUGCGUUCAACUGUAUAGGGCAUUAUUUGCCCAUGUUUGCUAACCUGUUGCAUCAUAAUCCCUAAACGUCAUUCUGAUGUUUAUGAUUUUGUGUUCAGAUGCUCUUGCAAGAUUAAAAGAAAGAAUAAAACAGCAAAAAGAGCAAGCUUCAAGGCUGAGUCCAACUGAUAGUGCUCAAGGUAAAGCUGUCACUGAAUUUGUGUACUUAAAUAUUGGCAAGAGUGUAGUGAAACAUUGUAGUUACUGGUAAGUUUUAAAAUGCAGAAGCAUUCAUUCUGGGAGCAAGUCAACUAAUCCUAACACUUACUAUUCUGUUUUUUUUUUUUCAUCUGUUCCUUCCCAAUAGAAGAUCCUCGGGGAAAGGUUUUAGAUAUUCUGUUUUAUAGUGAUGCGCAAAAUGGAAAAAUGUGUGGAAAAAUGCGAACUAUUUGUUUUAUACAAAGAACAAAAAAGAAAACUGAUAAACUUGCCUCAUAGCACUCAACUGUUUGAGUCAUCAAUGCUACUUUAGUCCUGUCAUCUCCUUUUCCUCCUUAUCAUACUUGUAAACAGCUUCUCCCAAACCUUUCUUAUCCUUUCACUUGUUCAAAGGAGAAUAAUCACACAAACAUUUUCAAAACUGUGAAGUUGAGUCUUUCUUUGUUAUGACAACUGUUUUGAGGAUUUAUUCCAUUUUAGACAUUCUCAGGUAGCCAAGAACACUUCUCAUCUUUGGUUUCUUGUUUUUUUUAUUUUAUUGCAAACAUCUCCUUGUAAACAGUCUUUGAGCUUUCACUUGCUCAACCUGAAAAAAACUUUCAAAUAUUAAUUCAAAACUAGGUGUCACGUUAGGCAAAACAAAGAAAUAGUCUUUCAGUGACAUCAUGGAUCUGUAUCUGUACACUUAUUGAGAUGAGGGCUGUAACAACCAAUCAUUGCAUUGCUUCCCCAAGAAUGACCAUCAUCAAUUUUCUCCUGAACAAUAUCAAUGUACCGUGAUUUGAAGAGAUACUGGUUAUGAGAAUUACAGUCAAACGUGUAUGUAACAGUCCUGUAUUUAGCAGUCACCCUGUAUAUUACUGUCAGUGGACAACUUCCCAAAGUUUUCAGUUGCCUUAUACAAAUGUAUUUUCUGCAAAGUUGACCUGUGUAUAGCGUUCACCUGGCGUGUAAUGGUCACCUUGCCAUUUCCCAAGGGUGAACGUUGACAGGUUUGACUGUAAUAAAAUCACCAAAGGAAAAAUGGUUUGAUCUUUUAUCAAAUUCUCUCAACUACUUCUUGAGGGAAAUGUACACUGUAUGGAGAUCAGUCUAGAGAAUUUGUACGUGGAUAUCGGGACAUAAAGUAAUGGGUUAAUUUUUAUACUCUGUACUUAUAGGGAAUGGUUCUUCAAAUCCUUCAUCUCCACCAGAACAGAGACCAUCUGUACAAAGCGUUGAUUCUACUACAGCUGCAAAUUCCUACAGAGCUGAUGUAGAUGUUCCUGUAAGAACUGCUGGAGUGAUAUCUAAGAGGAAAGUGGCCUCUGCUCCUGCUGCCCCUGCUUAUAAAGGUAACAUGAUUCUGCUACUUGCACUGUCUCAGAGUUUUCUAUAAAAUUUUAAUUAGCAGCAUGUGCAGUGAAUUUGAGCGAAAUAAAAAUAAUAAUAUUAAUAGUUAUGGUUUUUAAAUGCUAAGUGUAGACUUUUAUAUUUCUGGUUAUCGGUCUUUUAUCAGGUUUUUGCAUUGUAGGCUCUCUCCUUUAGUUAGUACUUGAUUGACAAUACAACUUCAAAUCUCUCUGAGGGUGCAUUUCUUUACUAACAUCCAAAUCCAGAUUUUUAAUCCAAAAACAGAUAUUUUGUUUCUUUACUAAAAUCGUAAAACGGAUUAUUGAUCCAAAUGAUCCACAAUGGAGGUGGAUUCUUUGGAUUAUAUCCAAAACCAGAUACUUUAGAUGUAUGAUCCGGAGCGUUUCUUUACUUCGGAUCCAAAAAGAAUGAAUCUUGCCAGCGGGAACCCGAGACAGUUUUAAUACAUACAUCAGCUUUUUGACAAGACUACUUAUCUUUACGGCCAUUUUUGAACCGGAAUCAUGGAUUAAACGAUCAAUUUUAUGCGUUUUAUCAGUGGUAAAAUCCCAAUACAAACAGGACAUGCAUUGUUCUAGUUACAAGGAAAAAAACUUUGACACAAGUUUGCCGGCACCUCUUGCAAGACUUUACUUUAAUUUACAAUACAUAUCUUACAUGUGUAUUUCAAGACUCGUGUUCAUUUGGCCUGUCUAAAGCAUUAUCCUAAAGCUAACCGUCCAGAAUACAACGAAAGAUAAGCAAACUUGCAACCUUGUCGGUAGCCGUGAAAUUCUUUCUCCAGUUUCUAUGGAAAUGAGUGAAAAAAAUCCCUUUGGAUUUUUUGGUUUUUUUUCUCAACAAAAAAUCCUAUUAAUGAUCCGGAUAUUUGAUCUGACCUUGGAUUUUAGUUAAGAAACGCACCCUGAGUCAGGAUUUUUUUGAUAGGCUUUAGUGAGGUAGAAUCAAAGACCACUGUGUUAUCUGAGGUGAAUCGAAAGGUUAAGAGAAAGGACCCUGCAACACACAAACUGAUCACAAAACCUGCAAACCAAAGGCCACAGAAACCAAUAACAAAGAAAGGUGAGUCAUUCCCAUUUCCUGUACUAAUGUGAUAAUAACUUUAAUUUAAAAUUUUUGAAAAAUGAAGUUAUGGAACAGUUUAAAUGAACGCAACUUUUUUUGAUUGUUAAAUGUUGCAGUUACUUUUUUUCCCCUUCAUUUCAACUUUAUUAACAUACAUUACCGUACCCAAUACCCUAAAAUAAGAAAUUAACUGCAACAUAAACAUCAACUGGACUGUACAAUAAUUCCUUUAAAAUGCCACCACUUAAUCACAAAUGAAAGUUGAGGUAAUAACUUAUCUAAGGUUGUUGAUGACUGAAGAUGAACAGUUUGAUUUUGGUACAAAUUCCUCUGAUUGGUACCAAUGAACAACUGCAUUAUUUAAUGGAGAUGUAUGAGGCCUAAACUGAAGGUCAGCCAGGCCGUUUAAACUAAAAGACUCUUAGUUUGUCUGACAAUCUUGCAUCCCAGCCAUGAGCCCCCACACAAGGCAUGCAAGUACCUGUCACUCUUUUAUGUACUGUCUCUUAGUAGCAGAAAAUCAGGGAGGAAAAAGGACGCGGGCAUGCCCACAUGUGAGUUAUGUGGCUAAAUGUAAUUUAGGCAAAGUUAACCCUUGAGGCAAUGCUGGUCAGCAGUUUUUCCUGCUAUACUGGGGGUGGCCCAAUGCCUCUAACAGGGACAUCUCGUGAUUUGUAUAUGCAGUUGCUUGCUUGCUUGGAGUUCUUUGCAAAGUGUUUUUCAAUAGCUUGCUGCUUGCAUGCCAGUUUGUGCUUUGGUUUUUCCCAUCCCUCCCUGCCUCCCUCUUGAGGUAAGGGCCAGGUAAGUAUCGGUUGGUAAGUAUUCAACUGAAUUGUUCAGUGUGACGGUGUCUGGUGGGGGCCGCUUGCAGGGUUGCCAUGGAUACCUCUUCCUCAUGAACUUUGUAGGCACCAACUUUGUAGGCACCAGUUCUCAAGCUCAUCUAUUGGUGAUGAGUUUAAUUAGUGAUUAAUAUAAGGGGUUUUAAAACUUGAAAAGAAACCUUUGAGUUUAUUGCCCUUUCUUUGCAGGACCUCCAAAGGUGCAGCGAGUUAUAGCUCCCCGCCGUCCUACUGAUAUCAUCACCACAUCUUCAUGGCGCUCUGGUCAGCAGACUGUUAAAAGAAUUUUGGGCCCAGCCAAGAAGAAAAGUUCUUCUCCUGAGGGAAGUCGACCUCAGUCAAGAAGCAGCCAGGGUACUGAUAUUUCAGAACCAAAGAGCCUGAAUUUUCAAUGGCGAGAGGAAGCUAAUGGGAAGAAACAUGCUGGUGUUGGAGAUGGAAGUGAGAAAGGUGGCGCACCAACAGACGAGGUGCCUAGAGUGACAUCUCCAACUAAUCAAAAGCUUGUUAAUGGAUUAAAGAAGGACUCAGGUAAUACAGUCAACUCCCUUUAUAGCGGACACUGUGGGGACCUUGAGUUAGUGUCCUCAUUAGCGAGAGUCCAUAAUAGGGGGAGUUUAUUUCAGUCAAACAUCUGUAAAUUAUUUUUGCCUGGGAUUUAGCUGCUGUCCUUAUUAUCGGGGUGUCGGUUAUAGCAGGGUUUCCACAAGGCAAGAGUUGACUGUAUAAGCCAGCAUGUUGUGGUGGUAUUAGUAAUGUUCCAGGUUUUAGAUUACAUCUGAUUCUUGCUUUACGGACUACUCUAAGAGUUGAUCCGUGCUGUUUGUCACUCAUUUUCUUUGAUUAUAAACUAUUCGGUACAAUGUAGACACCUCUUUAGCUUUCUAAAGAUGGACACUCAUAUGAGAACCAGUCAUUUUUGCCUUCUGUAUUGGUCUCAUAAUAGUUAUAAUUUAAAAUUGUUGACAUUUUUCAACAAGUAUAUAAGUUUACAAGUUUCCUUUUCAAGAUCAAGUGUUAUAAAGGUGUUAAAUCUACCCUGUCCUGCAAAGAGUGAUCACUAGUUUAGCUGGGUAGCAUUUGCAUUAUUGUUGAAAGAUGUUCAAAAGAAGUCCAUAAGACUUUGGUAUUAUGGUAAGGAGAUCAGUAUAAGUGCAACAUUCAUAGAGAUUAAUUUCAUCUUUGUUGUACUUUCCUGAAACAGGAUCAGAUUCGGAAUUAUCUUGGGAACACUCUUCAGGUCAUGCAAAGGAAUCUGUGAGGGAUGCUGAAAAAGAGGUCAAGGAUUUAAAGGGAAACAAAAUAUUAUCAACAGAAGCUAAAAACAUCCUGUCUGAUUUGGAACUUGACACAGACGAUGAAUCUGGUGGGUCUCUCUUAUGCUAUGGUACACGGGCACCUUGCCACAGGACUAGCUCAUUCAGUCAAGUGCUUGAAGGCACAUUGGGAGGUCAGAAGUUUGAUCUCCGGGGCCGGACCUAUACUUAAGGUCUUGAAACAACUGAGAAAUAAAGGUACUGCCUUUGCCCUGCAAACAGCUCGACCUUCAUCCUCGACAUGUGGCUCGGAUGACCAUGUAGAAUGGUGGUCCCAUCUCCAGUGGGAGUCAUAAAAUAUUGUCCUCAAUAAUAUUCGUACUUUUGUGCUAAAUAAUUAUUAUAAAUUUACAAUCAAUAAAGUGCUCUUUUUCUGUACUUGCAACUUAAUUUACAUAGGACUACUUGAUAACCAUGUAAACUCAUCUGCUAUACCUGCAUGUGUUUCCUAUUAUUUUUCCAGACAAGGAGAUGAAGAAGCCAGUAGCAGAACCCAAACACAAACAGACAAUAGUUAAUAAACCAUCCUCUACAUCCAGAAGAAAGAGGCCUCUCAAUUCACAAUCACAAGGUCUGCAUUGUCUUCCCUUGAGUGAAAGUUUUGAAUUUGAAGAGUGAUGCAAACAAGGAAUUAACCUUAAAAAUGUCUGAACUCUUUUUCAUAGGUCCACCUGUGUCUUCUUAUCCACCUAGACAAAAAGUUAGACACUAUGAUACAGAUGAAGUAAAGGUUUGUGUAUCCCAAAUUUCAUUUGGUAAAAAUGCUGAAAAAAACUUAUGAUGCCAACUGCAUUUGCCCCUUUAGUAAAAAAUACAUUUAAUUACAUGUAACAACAGAGAUGGGUGGGUGCCCUGGAUGUUGUGUCAUGCAAGCACUGCUGUCUGUUCCAGUACCACUAAACUGACUGGUGACCAACAACGUGAGAUGGUGCUCUUUGUAGUUAACUGCAUUUUAGUUUCAUUUAACUGCAUGUUAUUAUUUUUGAACUAGAAACGUUUUGUCUCUUUGUAGCUACGUUUGAUUAUUUGAGGCCAGUUUGAGUGCUGUUGUGAUGGUCAUCAUCAUGAUUAUAAGUAUAAAUUACAGUGUUCAAUCUAGGCUGUGUUUUUGCAUUAUUGACGUUCCGGUGGAAUAUUCUAUUCUGACACAAAAUGAAAAUAUUGUGGAGUCAUACUGAUGCAAAAAAGGUACCUCACAUAUAAGUACUUCCAAACCAGCAAGCAAUAGUAGAAAAAAAUUUUAAAAACUGUGUGUGCUUACUAGCCUGAAAUGAGCAUGUGAAAUGACUGUCGUUUCAAACUACGCCCUUACGAUUAGUUUUUUGUCAGGUGUUCCAUGCAAUUUCGGGAGAGUCUAGAGGUACACUUUAACGUUCUGCAUUUGCUGCCCUGAAUUGUCCUGCCAAUCAUUUCACACUUUGUUUGUUGACUUUGUUCCUUUGUCUUUGUUUCAUCAUGAAAUGAUAACAAAAGCUAAGUUCAUAUUUUACGUGAAAGAGAAUGGCAGUUGAACCUGAAAAGAAUGAAGACUGGUUGGGUAGAAAGGAUAGUGAAGUUGGAGAAGUCAGUUCAAUAAGUCAGCCUCCAGAACUUCAAGGGCUAACAGCCUCCAGCUCAGCAAGCAUACAAACUAUAUGAUACUGGUGAUAGUUUAGAUGAUGGUUGUUCAAAGUUUCAAUGUCAUAGUUUGACCAAGGCCAUUUUUGAAAUUACCCAAUUUUAUAAUGGACACUGAAAUUAUAUAUUUUGACUUCUUUGUCCUUAAUUACUGCAGGAGGUGUAAUAAUAUAUUGUAUUAGAGAUGUUUUUGUCACUCAAUGGCAUAUGCUCUUAAAUUCUUAAUUUUUUCCAGAAAUACAUAGAAAAGCAAAUAGCAGAAAGAAAAAAAAAGCUACACGAGGACAGACUACUAAAGGAAAGGGCAGUAAAAGAGAAGAAGCAAAAGCUUGAGGUACGUUUUCUAAAUAUUACAGCAAUCAUUAAUUGUAAAAUUGGGGAAAUUUAGUUUUUGUCUCUUUAAACAGUGAAAUCAAUACAGUGAGUGUUCAUUGGGGUUUUGCAGAAAGAAGCCACCUUGAUUUUGUGAAUUUGUUUAUUUGCAGGAAUUGUACAGUAGACAAAAAAAGAACCUUCAUCACAAUCUGAAUCGCAAGAGCAAGAAGUGUUUGGGGGAGACCUACUCAAAAGGUCACAGUGGUUUUAGAUCCAUUAUUUACCCAUACAAUCACCCAUUUCCACAGGAUGAAGUUGAGGUAAUUAUUUUGAAGGGAUUAAUGGAGGGUAAAAUUUACAUCUAGAUAGUACUACAUGCUAUGUGCUUGUGGUAAUGUUACAUGGUGAUGGAUUGAAAUACCACCAUUAUUUUUAUUCUCCCUAAAUUACGGCAUUUGCCUCUUUCAAUAGGGAGCUUAAGGAAAGGUGUUUUUUGAGCAACGCACGUCAACCAGAAGUGAGACCUCUUUGGUUUUUAUACACCUCAGUGUUACCAAAUUUGUAUUGCUAAGUGUCUUACUUUAUAGAAACCAUUUGCUUGAAAAUUUGGGCAAAACCACUUCCAAAGAAUGCCAAAAUUACACUUCUGCUCACGCGCGUUGCUCAAAAAUGUCUUUGCUUAAGCUUCCUAAUAAUGGUUAUUCAAAAAUUGCAAAUUGGCCUAAAACUGAACAAGAUGGUUUUGCCUGUUUUCAAAAAUAGUUGCCAAAGCAUUAUGACUUAUGAAAUUUAGCAAUGUUAAUUGCAUUAUAACUUAUCUCAAUUACUUUUUAUUGUUGUUCAUUGUUUGUAUUUGAAGCAUUACAGUGAGGAUACUGGAGUCAGUGAAUCAGAUAAAGGUAAUCUGCUAUUAAUAUUAACUACAUUAUACCUGAUAUCAUUAAUUUCAAAGUCCUCAAGCUGUUUCUUUAAAAGUAUCAAGACAACAAACAAAAGUAAAGUUAAUGUGUUUCAUUAGUUGCCUGGUCUUGAUUUUCAGAGAAUCUAGACAUUGCAUCCUUCAGAGGACUGCCAGUUUAUCCAUCUUCUCAGGAACGCAAUGGCCACAAUGUUUCAAGUUCUCCUUCAGAAUUCAGUGAAGAUGGAUCCAUGUCUCCAGUGCCUGCUAGGCUUGAUGUUAGUGAAGAUCAAGGACGUGUUCCUUGUGUAACAAGUGUUUCUGUUGGAGCCAAGCCUGUUGAUAUCAGACCCUCAGCAUAUGUUGGCUUUCCUGAAGGUAUUAAAUGUUAAUACUGAUGUUUAAAUGAACUGAGCUCUGAUGGCUCAGUGUGAACUAGCUAGCCAUUAUAAGGGCAUUUGAAGUUGAAUGCCUUUGCAAGUACUGCAUUUAGAUUCAUAGCUUUUGUAGCUAAGAGAGAGCUAAGAGAAUUGUCCAUACUAUAGAAUGUUUAAGGAUUUGUUUUCUCAAAAAUAAAAAAGAGAUAGCACCCCUACCCACCGCCCUCCCCCCAAAAAAGUUACAUGACUGAUUUGAAUUAUAGAAAACUUUGAUGAACAGUGUCAUGUGAAAGUGUGUCUCUUUAACUAGUGUGACCACACUAUGAAUUAAUGUCAAUUCCUAUCCUGGCAUUCCUUCUUAUUUUGGUGAAGCUUUUGCUUUAUUCCUGGAUGGGACUUACCUCUGAUACUUCAGAAAAAUGUACAAUGUAGUUUCAAGUGGUGGUAUUUUUACUUUUUUAUUUAUGUGCUGUAUCUAAAGAAAAAUCAGGAGAUGACGUUAAAAUGACCAGACAUGACAUGGAACCUCCAUCAAACAGUCCGACCCGACUAGGUGCCAUAUCUUCAGCAGGUGUGUUUAAAUAAGUAAAAUGAUGUUCAGUUGCUCAUGCAAAAAAUGUAAGGAAAAAAUGAAGAGCUUUGAGAACUGAAGAGAUCUCAGCAGGAGAUUGAUAAACACAAAAAAAUUCUUUAACGUGGAAGUUGCUUACAGUACUUUUUUCACCCAUCAUUGAACUUAGACUGCUACACGAACUGAAUUGCACUGUAUCUGCUCCUACUUGUAUAGCCCAGUUAGCUCGAAUUGUGACAGAAAGAGCAUCGGUAACUAACCCUGUAUUUACACUAUCUUACCUUGAACCACUUGGUCCAGGAUGAUUUGGUCAUAGCAGUGUAUUUUGUUGUUGCUGAAUUUUUAUUGGGUGGGGCAGGGUAGAAGAUGGUGCUUACAAUUCAAUUUCCAGUUACCAAUGUCAAGAUUGCUUUCCAACAGCAUUCUGUUGUGUGACUUACUCAUCAAAGGUCACUGCUGUGUACUUCUCUUGAUGUCAUCUAGUUUCACUUUUUGCAUCCCUGAUUAUGGAUCUUAAAUGUACAGUAGUGAUGUUCUUUGAAAAUAAAAGAACCCUUAUUAUCAAGGGUCUCUGGUUACAUGCCCUCCCAGAGAUAGGCACCCCUCUAGCUUGUAUCAACGACGUUUUUGAAGCUUUAAAAAGCAACUAAAUUCAAAAAGUAUUCUAAUCAGCACUACUAUGUAAGCCCCCCCCCCAUUUUCUGAGCCCUUCUGAUACCCCUUACAAAGUUGUAUAAGCCCAGGGCUUAUAAGCAGGGUUGUCAGCAAGUUCUGAAGUAGAUGGCUGAGUUGUGAAAGUAAAUGGCCAGUCCAGGGAUAUUUUAUUGAAAAAACACCAUCUGUAAAGAAAUGCCAAGUAGAGAUAGUCGGCCGAUACUAACCAAGUAGGCGGCAAUUUUCACUGGUAGCCAGCUACUUAUGACACACCUGAUAAGGGGAAAUUUAUGGUAGUUGCAAUGACAACGAAUUUCAGGGCCUUGUUUCAAUCUCAUAUCUUUAUAAUUAGAAAAUCAGUGUAUUUUAAAUUACUGAAAAACAUUAUUAAGAUUAUGCCUUCUCUUCGCAGGGAAUGGUGAAUUGAGGCCUAUGAGUAGUCCACCAAGAGAAGACAGAAUUGCUGCCAUUAAACAGACUGCGGCAGAGCUGAAACAUCGUUUAGAGUCUGAAGCAUGGAGACUGGGCUUAAACCUGCAAGCUACAGGGCUUGGUAAAAUAGAUGAGCAGCAGCCACUGACUUCUGUGUCAAGUGGGGACUACACUGUGUUCAAGGGUGCACUGCCAGGUUGGCAAAACUAAAAAAUAAUCAGUGUAGCCUGCAAUAAGCAACCUCUGCCUUUUGGGGAGAGGGCUAGUUAGGGGACACUUGAGGGUGUGGUCAUGGGACUCUGAAACCACUUACCUGAUGUAGUACAGUAUAAUAUAUACAUCGACUGGUACUCUCUCCUGAUUUCAGUGUCUGUUUUAGACAUUUCUGUCUCUGUAAACUCCACAUCAAAGGAUAAUAUUAUUUUGUAUGCCCUUUUCAGACUAAGCUGCUUGAAAGCUGUUUUCUACUUGUAUACUGCUGCACAUGCUCACUGAUCUUAAAUGUGAUGUUAGGGUAACGGCAGCACUCCUAAGCUACAUUGGAGUGGCUAUGUUGUCAACUUUUGACAAUUACUCACUAGACAUUCACAAAAAUAAAUGAGUAAUCAAAAUAUAAGCUUACUGUAAAUGACCUAUUAAACGCCCGGGCGUCUAUUUGAUAUUAGGGGCCCAAGUGGGAGCGUUUAAUAGAUAGGAGGCAUUUAAAAGAGAGAGGGGUGUAUUUUCAUAACUGUGACAAGCUCAACAAAACUAAUAUGCUUUCGGCAAAAAUAUCAAGCAAGAGGGUUUAAAAAAUAGUGGAAUAUUCACUCCAUCAUUUGAUACGUCUGGGCCAUCCAGAGAUCCAUAUCGGUCUUUCAAAUCUUAACAUUGAUGUCAGAAUCCUCGCUCAUUGUAAUUGUGUUGCGAUCAAUAGUUUAUCCUAUUCUUUACGUAACAUUGAACAAGAUGAAAUAGGCAAACCCUGGAAACUGAAUCAGAAUGAAUUGAAUGAUUGCCCCUUUUUGCUAAUUCCUAGUAUUUUAAAGUAAUUCUCAUGGGGGCGUCUAUUAGACAAGGGGCGUUUAUUACAGAGGGGCUUCUAAAAAUUAUGAAAAAAUUAACAGCAUAGAGGGGCCGUUUAUUAGAUAACAGGUGUUUAUUUGGAAGUGGGCGUUACCGUUUAUCAGGUCAUUUACGUUAUAUGCAUGCACAGACUUAGUUUAAGCCAUCAGUCUCCCCUUUAUUACCUUAGCCUGGCUUGGCUAGUAGGGGAAUAUGUCAAGCUAUCCUGUUCAUGGUUUAUGUCACAUAAGUUCAAAUAAGAUUAUUUAUUAUUAAUUAAAUUAUUUCUGUCCAUUAGGGGUUGGCAAUCUUCAGGAACAAGCAGAACUAAAUGAAGAGCUGGUAAGAUACAACCACAAAGGUGUUAACUCAAGUGUUAUGUGAACAGUUAUUCAAUGUCAUGGGGAUUCCUCGUGAAAACUGCCAUUUUUGUAUUUCUGUCUUUCCAAGACAUUCUUUCAUGCCAUAUUAAUUUCAUAUUCCAUUGUAAAUUGGAAUUGUUUUUUUGAAACCAGUCCUUUGAUUAACUGAUAGAGUUCCAUUUGUAUUUAUGUUUUGAUUUUUUUUCAUUUGUAAUCAAAACUUUUAUAUCUUUAACUUUACCUUCCUAGAGAUAGUGGUAUUGUAAGUGUUCUUCAGAAAAAAUCCCCACAUUGACAGAUAUGUUGAAAUCAAACACUGUAAGAAAUGUUCCUUGAUAGAUCAAAUGUAGCAAGAAUCUUAGUAAUCACCAGGACAGAAAACAAAUGAUCUUGUCAUUAAUAUUAAUGUUAAUUAAUAUUAAGUCGAACUCAGCAACACGUGUACUGCUUACGUUAUGCACAUUCCUAACACACUGAGUCUCACCUCGGCAAGAAACAACUGCAAGCAAAAGUUCCAAUAGCGUUUCUCUUCAGUCAACUUCAUUUUAAUAAUGUUACCUCACAUGCUCUUUUUUACGGCGGCCAUCUUAUUAUGCGCAGUAAUAGAUGCGCAGUGCAAAACCAGGGAAUCACCUUAAAGCUAGUUAAAGCUACAGAGAAAGGAAAGAAGUUGAAACAAGGAUUAAAAGGUCACACCUGGGAAUCAAACUCGGAACUUCCACACAGAAGGCCGCGCAUUUACUGACUGUGCCAAUUGAAGAGUUUAUCCACUGUUUCACACAAUUAAAAGCCUUGAUUACGGUUCCCCUUCCACUGAUCAGAUCUUCUUUGGUUGUAAUUAGGAUAACAGAACCAGUGCUGCCACCACUAUUCAAGCUGCCUUCAGAGGCCACAGUGUGCGGCAAGGCUUAAACUGGAAGCUACCUUCUGGACGUACCCUGAGGUCCACUGUAAGGCAAGGGCUGCACCAGAGGUCAGGAAUCUUGGGGACUGGAGCAUCAGAAUCAUCUCAAUACUCCACAGCAUGGGACAAUGAUGACAAGAGUAGUAUAUCUGAUAUCAAUACCUCAUACAGCUCAGCAAGAUCUAAAGUAAAAUCACCUACACACAGUUCAAGGUCCUUAAAGGUAUUGUGCCUGCAGAGAUACAAAUGAAUGAGAAUGAGUGGUGUGUUUAAACCAGUUUGAAAAUUUCACACCAGUUUGAAAAAUUUAAACCAGUUUAAAAGAUUCAAACCAAACAAAAAAUUGAACUACAGCAUAUGUAUGGACGUACCUUCCUUGGGUAAACUCCCAGUUAUUCUUCCCAUUGUUCAUCAAAUAUUAAUGGAUAACUUAGUUAUCCAAGUAGCAGCUUGCCAUUUCAAAAUUUGAUAUUUUUAUGCCAUUGGUACUGUUUGCCAGAUACAUUGUGUAAGAAGUAGGGCUUUUCACUGGCUGUUUAUUCUUGCUGUAGGAUGGUAGAUCGUCAAGUACAAGAAGUCCAUCUCUUCUUGAAUCAGAAAGAAGAAAACACGCUCAAGGUAUAACCCCUUCUUUUUGUAUGCACAACCCCCCGGGGGGUACUCCCCUAUACAUGUAUAUGCCCAUUUCCAGGAGUACCCCCCUCCCCUAGGGGGGAGCGCAACCCUGUCUUCAAGGUUACCAGAUGCCUUCAGAGGUGUCACAUGUGCAGGAGAUGUAGCACAUUCUGGUUAAAUUGCAGUUACCUAAAACCCCAUCUCAGGUUAAAGCUUAAUAUUGAACUUGCUAUCGUACAUGUAGUAAAUCAAUAAUUUCUUAAAAGCUUGCACUGUCAAUUUUUAAUGAUUUUUUAAAGCAAGCCUUUUGCUAAUGUGAUUAGUUCUAGUCUUUUGGAAGUAAAAGCGUUGAAAAUCUUUAAUGAUUUUUGUUGCAAAAGAGCAAGCGCCUGAAUCAGCUUUCGAAAGCUGAAACAACAGUUAACCUGGGGUAAUUUUGUUUUUUUCUUGUGCUAAAAGCAUUUUCUCGGAUAGUUUUCUAGUUAUUUUUAGAGUCAAACCUGUAGACAAAAAGAAUUAAAAGUCGUUUUUUUUCAUUCUGUUAAAUUGCAAUGAUAAGAGUAACCCAGUUUGAACGCCCAGGUGUUUAAAUAACAGAGAUGUUUGUAUCACAGAGCUAGGAGGUCUCUUGGGACCAAGAAACUUUUAGUUACACUGAGAGAAAGAGACAGAUACAUGUGUCGGUGCUGUACAAUAAAUGUGUCUGUUUGUAUUUGGAAACCUUUUUAUCGCAGUCUGUAGAUCAUUAAUUUAAUGGUGACCAUAAGGGAAAAGCCAAAGCCUGAAGCUCUGCUUGAGGCUCAUUUAGUCCUUGCCAAAGAGACCGUUCUCUUUUUCGUUAGAAACUCCUUUUUGAAUUAGUGUUGUACGUUUUUCUAUUCAGGGCGUCUCUCCAAACACUCAUUGGAUGGUAAACCUUCUAUCCUUCCUUGGACAAGUAAAGGUGGUGACAGGUAUGUAAAACGCGACUGCACUUGCCAUUAUCAUUUUAAAUUUUUCAUUUUUGUCUUUUUGGUUUGUUUUUUGAUAUAGUUGAACCUAUAUCAAGUACAUGACGACAUGCGAGGACAAGUCACAGCUGUUUUGGUUUAACUACUGAUUGAUCAAGAAAAUUACGUGAUAUUUUUUCAGUGAGUCAGCGUGCACAGAAAUGCAAACCAUAAGAGUCGAAAAAAUAUUGUCACUUUCCACAAUUGGCUGAAAAUUGACUGAAAAAUUAUAUAAUUUACAGAUUUGCGUGAAUUGUCUACCCAGCUCAAACACACUUCAAAAUGAUAUUACCCUUUUUUCUUUGCCAAUCCAUGCUGACUUGUUGGUGUGAUUUUUCGAUGAUUCACACUUGACUUAUUGAAUUAUUUGAUCAUUCUUGAUACUUCAGCUUGAGUGUUAUCAACAUUUUCACCAGGAGAAAUCCUCACUUGAAAUCACUGGCUAAAGAAGGUAAAGUAUUAACCGCUUUUUCUCGUUUAUGUACUCUUGGUUGUCUUUAUAGUGCCAAUUAUGUUCCUUGUCAGUGGAACUUAGAUUCCAUGCUCUGAUCAUCAGCCAGAUUCCGAUUCCUUGAGGGUUGUUCAAAGUAGGGUUAAGAUAACCCUGGGUUAGUGCGAAAUUUCAAUUCAGAUAUGAAAGCUUAAAAAGAAAAUUCAUUUUUUUCCUUUUGGUCUACACUUCGAACAACUGGGCCCUGAUUGCAAAAGCCCAUGACAUUGGGUGAUGUGCAAUACCGUGCAGUUCCUUUCAAAACCUUAAUAGUACGGGGAAUGAGGCCCUGCCCAUUUUUAAUCAGGUUAACCUUUUCACCUCUAAGACUAUCCCCUUUUUUCUCUGUUUACCGUUGUCCGACCGACCCAAAUUUUUGGCAUUUUUUUGAAAAAAGUAACGACAUGAAAAAGCCUUUUCUUUUUGCACUUUAAUUAAUUCUUUUAAUCUGAAAAAUGAGCAUACAGUAUAUUUGGGCACUUUGUUAAUCCUAAUAAGUAAAUAUUAACUUUUAACGUCAUGCUCGUACCCAAUGAGGAUGUAAACUUAGUUUAAAAAAUUCCGAUAUAUAUGUCUGUUUGAGAAAAGGAAUAAUUAACCUGUCGUAGUUUCUAACCAGCACAGAUCUGUAUUGUUUGAUAUAUCCAGGACUUCCUUUUCAAACUGAGGGGUGCUGUUAAGUGGGAUAGGAGUUUCGGUGGUUGAUCCUUUUUCUCACGUUAUCUUGAUUACUAUAACAUCGACCAACUCUUCCGCCAUAUUAAUCCGCCAUAUUGAUUUUGCGUGUUUCCAAGUUGUUUCCAGGCUCCACAGCAAUGAUGCUGUGGUACCAGGCCUCCUCCUAUUCCGAGAAUGCUUGUAAUUUUUUUAGGAAACGCAUUUGACCGUAAACGAAGAAAAAAAGAGGGUUGGCCUAACCUGAGUUAUGGUGAAGUUCUUUACACGGUGCUUCAGAAGCCAAGGGCAAAAAUUUUGUAAUUUAAAAUGACUCCUGUUUUCUUGGUAAUUAGAUAAAGGUGCAAAGGAGCAAGAUUCAGAGAUAGCAAGUCUUCUUGAAGAGACCCUGCCGGACAGUAAAGCAGGAGAAACAGCUAGUUUGCUGGAGCCCCCUGCAGACCUCGAUCAGUCCAAAGAACUGCUAGAACAGACUUUGGUUGAGCAAUCUCCGAGAAAAAGUAAAGAGCAUGAAUAUGAAGAUGACUUUGAAGGAUCUUCUCGUGGAAGCAGACAGGAGGAAAGCGUUAAGGUAAAUAUUUUGAUGCUAAGUUGAUUGGCUACGGCGUGAACAGUCAUUUCAAUCCAUCGGCAAUAGAUGGGUGUGGGGAAGAGGCCGGGUGAAAUUUAAGGGAACCACAAGCGAGCUAGGAAGGUAACCUUGACAACGCGGAGAGCGGCAGCCACCGGGCACCGUCACACUGAGAACCUAUUCGGAGAAAUUCGCAGAUACUUAUCAAAGGACAUCCAGAGGGAAGGGAGGGCUGGGAACAAAAAUCAGCUUACGCCACUGCUACUAUUGCCCUAUAUACGAUUAGUGAUAGUGACCGCUGGCCAGGGUUGUCUCAUGUUUAGCCUCCCCUAACUUACAUAUACCCACAUGAAAACUGGGUUAAUUUCUCCAUUCUUAAGUGAAUUUGGCCGUAUCUGACUUUUGUCUGAAUAACACAAUGUUGAUCUGAAAAAUUUGUGAAUGUGAGGUGAAUUAUCAUGGUCAUAUGAAUUUUGUUAAAGGUCAGAAACGGUACUAUAGUUAUUUUCUCUGACCAAAAAAACAUUUUGAAUUUUGUAAUACCUAAGGUUUGAAAAUAAGAAAAUCAGGUGGCCUGAAGGGCAAGAUGUUGAUUUGAUUUACUUGGCUGUAGCUCUGAGAAGUUAGCCUAAAUUAGCGUUUGACUUACCGGUUAGGCAACUUGCAGUGUCAAGGAAACUUACUAGAUCAUUGCAUCAUUCCCUUUAGUACCGGACUGGUGUAAUUUUGCUUCUCCAUGCAGACUCGGGAACUCGCUUAGGAUCAUUACUUGGAAAUAAUCUUGGGCUGGCAAACAAUAUCCAUUGAGUAACUCAUUCCAGACACUACUUUGUUUUUUAAAAUUGAAUGUUAAAGAAAAUUUGUUAUUGUUACAACUUAUAUCUGUCUUCUUAAAAUGUAAAUUGUGUGAAAUAAAAUGACCCUGUAGGGGGUGUGGCAUCCAAGUUGUUAAACCCUGAUCGGUUAUUUGGGAUGCUGCAAUAUGGGUUCAUGGCUGGGUUGCAGUUAUUUGACAGUUAUUGGGAAGGUAUAUUAGUGAAUUUAAGAUCCAACGAUGCGACGGCAAUGAGAACGUCGCUUAAAAAGUGAAUUAGCGUUAUUUCCGUCCUUAUCGGAAUUAUUCCUACCCACUUACUUUGUCAAAUGUAGGCGAAACCGCCUGGAGUUGAAUUCCGAGGGACCAUAUCCAAGUGCAGAAAGAGAUACAAAAUUUCGUCGGUGCUUGUUUACGUACUCCAUAAAACGCGAAAUUAGGCGUGUUCACGUCAUAGUCGUGCAAAAACUGGCAAAGAAAUGUACACGUGCAAAGUUGUUGUUCUGCUGAUGAAACGUAUCGUUUUUUUGACGUUCAUCCGUGUCGUUGGAUCUUUAUCUAGGUUCUACACACGAAUGCCCCUGUUAACUGUCACGAAGGAAUUGCGUUAAAUAUUAAAUAAAAUCGUCAAAUAUUAAAGAAAAUGUUUUUCCUCCAACAGCGCACUCCAAGUCCGGUAAGGAAGAAGGACGAUCAUUCAUAUUCAGAGACAUUCGAGAGUCCAGAGCGUAAAACAGGCUCUCUUGCUGUGGAAGAGAGUUUACACUCUCCGGACAGGAGUAUGGAAAGUGGUACUCUGUCACCUACCCUGUCAGAAGGAGAAUUGUCCCAUGCAAGUGAGGCUGAUAACAGAUCUCCUACAGUCUCUUCCAUGCGGGUAAGAUAGAGCAUCCUUUGCCUCGCACGUCAAAUUAACUACAGUUAUUGAAACAAGAGAUUUCAACUUUCAUGGUUUAUGUUUGGUUACUUAGCCCCGUUGCUUUUUUCUUUUGGUGAGUUUUUGCUUCGGAAAGAUUUCAGCCAGUACCCAUUUUCAUUACUAUUUACGUUUUAUUGUAAGUUAAGACUAAAGGCGCACACGAGCCGAAGGCCUUAAUGGUCGGAGCUUAUCCCUGUUUCCUUAACAUGAAGCAUGCCCUGGAGUAUUGCGACUCCCUCCUGGACGGGAUGCUAGUCCAUCGCAGGGUUACCCCCCAGCAGUAUUUUAUACACCUGGGUGAAGAGAGACAAAGUGGAGUAAAGUUCCUUGUCUAAGGAAACAAUGUGACCGACGAGGCUUGAACCCCGGACCUCCUGAUCCAGAUUUCGAGGUGCUAACCGCUCGGCCACACACGUCUUCACACAAGACUUCUGUGUGCAAUGGAGCUUUUGUCUUGGUUGCGUGAUAUGGGAUUACUUGUUCCACAUGCAGCUGCGAAAGUCUUGGUUGUGGCCUCUGUUGUACGAUACACAGUCUUUGAAGGAGCUGUGUCACGUUUUAUUGGUAGUACUUUAAAACACCUAAAACAGAUUGGAAUCAUAGCCAAAACCGUGCUCUACUGCAAAACCUUGACCAGAAAGUGCUUGUCUUUGACUUUCGUUGACCAGGAUGGAUGGAUUGCAACUUGAAAAAAUUGAGCCAACGUUUUCAAGUUUCACUCCUAAGUAGUCGAAAAAUAAUAAUAAUAAAUUAGCAUGCUUUAUUUCCCCUUUGUUAGACUCAAAUAAAAUCUUUCUUUUAGAGCUCCAAGGACUGAAAAUACGUAGUCAUAAUUUCAGCUCAGCUUUGACCGAAAUAAUGGAACUCAUCAAGACAUAACCCUUUUUUAAAAACGAUUGGUUUCAUUAGCGCUAAUGAUCAACUCAAAGAUGUUUUCCAGUGAUUCUUUACAUGUGAAUUAUACUGGAUUCCUUUUCUUACAGCAGUCGCCUACAAGGGACCAAAGCACUCACAGCUCUGUUCCCCUUUACACACCCAAAGCUCACCUUCCUCCCUCAGUAUUCAUGCCCGCACAUCAGGGGGGUGAUCGCCUGUCUCCUGGCUCUCUUGAUAUGAGGCUCACUGCAGAACUCAACAGAUUAGAGUACAUGGAGGAGUCAGUGCGCCAAUUGACUGAUGUGGAGCGCACCCGUGCAGUUUCUUUGGCGCAGCAGGAAACCGUGUCAUUGGCUCAAAUACUCAAGGUAAGUGCUUCAUGCGAGCUACACUGAACAAUAUCCUCCUUAACUUAUUUUUUUUUUCGCGUAUUCUCAAAACAUUAUACACCCCGCAAAGCUUCUUUGUAUAUUUUUUCACCAGAAAAGUUAGCACGCUUACUUUUACUGAAAGAGGUUUAGCCCUCUUGAUCGCAAAAUGAUAAAACUUUUAACAUUUGAUAGUUUCCGCCACUACGACAUUCUCGCUAAAAUCCGUAGCAGAAUGACGACGGCUAUUCCGUCUUCUAAAAAACGUCACAUCUUGAUGCGUAUAAGGCAAGGGCUUCUGCUUCAUCAUUUUUUUUCGCCGAAGGCAACGAAACGCCGUGUAAAAAAACGCCACAUCUUGAUCAGUGCUGUUUCGUUUUCGACGAAAGGCCUCUGAACGCAGCACUUCACAAAAAAACUGAGCUUGCGAUCGUUUCGUAGAAAAUACUGCACUAUCAAAGAUUGCGCCCAAACUUACGAUUUCAUUGCAGACAAAAGCUGUUUGUUAUUCUCCAUUAUUCUAAAAGUUUUAAGUUUAUGAGAAGUAAUCAGAACACAGGGAAAAUGUAUAGAAUCAUAUAAGAAUUUCUGAAAAGAUUUUGUGGUUGAGCAAAACCUCACUCGUCCGAAGGGCGACUUUUGAAGUUAUCUUAAUCGUCCGUACGAGAUAGUAGGCUGAUUUAGCAACAGAAUUAAUGGGAACGUCAGUUGACGACGGGAAAGCGCUCGGAAAGGACUAAACAAGACUUCCGAUGCCCAAUUUGUCGCUCUGCCAUUGGUCAAGCUAGUUGUUUAAGUUGCGUACGCCGUCGUCAACUGACGUUCCCGUUCUGUUGCUAAAUCAACCUAGCAGUCGUCUGGGACAACCGGACGACUGGGAAUAUGGAUCCCUGAAAAUUGAUUUAUUUGUGCAAUUUUCAGCUCUUUGCAAGCAGUAACAAAGAAAAUAGCAGUCUUCGAAUACUACGAAAUUGUUGAGUGGCAAAUAUUAAUGAUCUCAUUAAUUCUUUGUAAAAGUUGAUUUGGAGUUUCAAAAAAGAAAUUUCUCCAGAAUUGUUAUGUGUCUUGGGUUAAAUUUUUGAGAGAUAACUAACACGAUAAUGCGCUGGAAAUAUUCGGCGAUCUUCUUUUAGUAGCCUGAUCAGAGAAUGAAAAGGGUAUGUAAUUGAGGAAAGAAAUUUGAACAAAGAUUCCCCUAUUGACCCUCGAGCCUCCGUAACUCGUUAGCACUCGAUUUGGCCACUGUUAUUGACUGUUGUUUAUGUUGCAUCCUUGCUUCAAGUAUGUCAACCUUUUGUCUUUUUUGUGUUUGUUUUUUAGUCUAAACAGCUUUCCCACGCGCGUGAAAUGGAAAAUCUCAGAGCAAAAGCUCGGGAGGAAGCUUUAGAAGCAGCCAAGCAGCUGGAAGAGGUAUAGAACGUUGUUGCCCCCAAAACUGCAGUUUUUCUGAAAACAAAUGAAAAGUAGUUAAAUUCACCUAGAGAAAAAAGCUAGUAGAUUUGUGUCCCAAAUUUAGAACCCUAUCCACAGAAUAAAACAGCGGAACAGUUCAAAAUGCUCCAAAGUACCCGCCUGAAGUGACAUACAAAUAAUUUCACCCGCCACAUCUCUAACUGUUUCAUUACAAUCACACACUUUCUAAUACACUUACACAGCCAACUCAAUAUAAGACGGACAUCUUUUGGUCCAGUAACAAGUGUCUGUUUGAGAGCGCUUUCCAUUUCUCUGAACUGUCUGGCUAAAGCAUUCCCGUCGUAAUGCGAAUUUCAGGGCUCGAAAUUAACUUUUUCGUUCGGGAGCCAGCUGGCGACUAACGGAAAAAUUUUGGUCGCCAGAUCGUAAAUUUUGGUCGCCAACUUAUUUUAUAUAUAACUUACACAAGAACACGAUUUUAUACGUUACUUUGCAUGCAAGAAAAGUCACAACUGAAGAGCGAAAACAAUUAGAAACAACACGAGUAACACUUAGUUAUAAAGCUACCGUUGUUCUCAGGUGAUAUGUCUCUGGUCCGAAGGUGAUGGUUGUCUCCAAAGUCAUUUUAAAUGAAGCGAAGCAUAAAACGUUUUAAGUCCGUGGUUUUCAUUCUGAGACAAACACGGGUCCUUGUGUAUUUGCCCUUUGCUACUUCUACGAAAUGCCGUUCUAUAUUUUCGACUUGCUUUCCUCAACGCCUUUCGCUGCCGACAAACAACGCCAUGCUUGGCCCAGGCCUCUACACAACCACAUUGCUCGUACCAGUCUCCGACCGGGAGGAAACAAAAAUGGGCUUAGUGCAGUUUUUGGGUCUUCGUUUCCCUUUAGACAGAACGUUUUAGGAAAAUAAAACCUAAAAUGUUGCGGGAGUUACGAAGGCACCGUAUCUGCCACCAUUUUUGUUGUUGAAGUGCGCCUGCGACCCCAGUUUCGGAAGAAGCCGCUGAAACAAUAUGGCGCGCCCUGAACGCAGUAUCGACGUGUCGAAAUACAUUCCAUUUUUUCGAUUAUCUUGUAAUAUUCAGACAUUAUUUUACUGGGGACGGAAAGGUGAGUUGUAUACUAGCUACCAUAUCCGAUUGAUUUCCAAAUAUAAAGAUUUAAAAACAAAAGUUGUGUCGUGGUUUUCUUAAGUCAUCGGACAAAACGCGAGUCGCCAGCUGGCGACCAGUUCUGAAAAUUUAGUCGCCAGUGCUCAAUUUUUGGUCGCAUUGGCGACCAGUGAGUCGCAAUUUCGAGCCCUGAAUUUCACUUUUAAUUAAAACUAUCCAAUUAGUAUAGGUAAUAGCAUGAUUUGUAGUGAUAUUUGGAAUAAAUACCACGAGUGAUAUGGUUUUCAGCAAAAACUCUUGGACAGGGUUCGUACAGAGUCUUGAAUUCAUGAAAAAGUCUGGAAAAGAGACGUAAAAUCUUUAAAAGAUGGUAAAAAGUCUUGAGUUUUUUUUAAAGCUACAACAAGUGCUUCAGAAGUCAAAUUUUUUUCGUGUUGGUCAAAUCUCAUUCUAUCUCGCCUGCAUGUCAUGGAAAAAGCUUUUUUUCUGCAUCUUUUUAAGGUCCCUGUUGAUCACCUAUUUUAUAACCUUGAGUCUGGAAAAAGAAAUUAUUGUUUUGGAAAAGGUCUGGAAAAAGUCUUGAAUUUUGGAUCGAAAAUCUGUACGAACCCUGCUUGGAAAAAGCCUAUUCGUUGUCCAAAUGACCGGUCCUGCGAUGAGUCGUUGUAUCAAUGCUUAAUGAACGCUGUGUUUUUACAGGCCCGCCGUGCUGCAGCGGAUGCUGCCGCAGGUGCAGCCGAGACAAUUGCCCGAAUGAGGCUUGAGGCAGCAGCCACUAUCACUGAAUCCGCUGACCGUCUAGUUAAGGUACAGUAUGCUUUGAUUCUUGUCGAAUCUACAUGUGAUCGUAUACCUGUUUAUUAAGACUUUUUCUUUUUCUUUUUGUGAUUUAUGUUUCCAAAGAAACUUUAAUCACUAUGCUAUAGUUUCAUAAGUAAGUAAGUCAGACAGUCAGUUAGUAGGACGAUAACUCUGACGGUAAUUCAUGUUCUUGAAUUAUGUUAUCUCUUUUCCAAACUGUAGACAUUUACUUUGAAAAAAGCACCUAUUAUUCUCAAAAGAAUAAAAAACCUAAUGAGAACUGUACAAGCCUUUAGCCUUUAUCUCGGUCCUAGAUUUUAUUUUAGCUUAAAUCAAAUUUUAUUUACUUUGUUGACAAGUCCGUUGUAAUUAUUAAACCAGGAGGGCUUUUUAGUCUCUAGACGUUGCAUGUCAUUAUAUCAGUUUACUUAAAUCAAUACAGGUAUUACAUGAAAUGAGAUAUUUAACGCCGUCUGAGGCUCGAUUUCCGCCGCUCUCUCGGUCUUCCCCGACCAGGAGCGCGGGCUCAUUUGCCGAACAGCGGCUGGUAAUCGAGCCUAACGCUGUCUACAAGAAAGAAUUGUUACUUCUUUUUGUUAGGUGCAAACUGAAGCAGCGCGGACAACUUCGGAGUCAGCCAAACAAGUUGAGGAGGUAUGAGCCCUUUGCGUGUUUUAGGCAUUAAAAGAUGGUGAACGGGAAAACGGAUCUCUUGCUUCUUAUAUUAGGGAGCUUAAUAAGCAACGACGAUAACGACGGCAGCGAAAACAUCGCUAAAAAAUGAAUUUGCGCCCUUUCAAACUUUAUCACGUCUAUUUGGAACCGUUCAAUUUGUCAGAUGCACGCCAAAUGCCCUUAUGGGUCAUCCAUCCGCCCCUUUUGUCUUUUUUCGACGGAGAAAGCUCUUUCUAGAAAUCGCUUCUUUUGGCGAAAAUCCACACUACCAAUAUCAUAUUGAUUUUAAACGCUGCAUCUGAAAGGUAAGGGGCUUUAAAUGAAACAAGCGCUAGCGAACCUGCCAGAUACGUAAGAAUCGGAACUGUUUUACUUGCACGGUCAGUAAGUAAUGAUCCGGGUAAGGUGGAUAGCAAUUUCUUUUGUUAUGCGGCAACGGUGCUUUCCCCACAUAGGAAUGUUGUCAUUUUUACACAGAGAAUGCAUAAACGUACGUGAAGGCCGUUUACGCAAUAAAAUGCAUGUACAGUCCACUUUGAAAGGGUGUUUUUUUGUGUUAAAAGAUUUUGACCAAUCACAAGAGUUGAAAACAAUAGCCAAAAAAAGUUUGCAAUUUUACAUGUUCCCCACAUAGGAUUUCUUUGUUAUUCAAACUGAGACCAGAUUUUGUUAUGUAGAAGAUGGUUGAAAAGUAAGGAUGAAUAUAUGUACCGCCUUAUAAAGUUUCGUUAACUUUUGCUGUUUAAGCCAAUCAGAAGUAAGUACAGACAAUAGAAAAGUUAGCGCCUUUUUUUGCAUUCCAACAUGUUCGUUGCCGUUGUUGCUAUCGUUCUUAUCUGGACCGUUUUCUUAAAAUGAUCGAUUUCAAUGUUGGUUCAAGUUUGCCUGCUAUAAUCAUUAUUUUUCCCUCCAGGCCCGCUCGUCAGCCGCCCGGACUUUAUUAGAUGUCGCUAAGCAACAAACCGCUGACACCCGAGGUGUUGCAGCGGAGGCAGCCAGCGCGGCCGCAGAAGCAGCUGUCAAGGCUUCCAUGUCGCGAUUUUACGAACAACAAGAACAAUUGUUUAAAGAAAGGGAGGCGCGCCUUAAGAGCUACAGUGACAGAAGUCGAAACGAACGCUCACGUGAUAGCUAUUCAAGCUACUCAAAGAGCGAGCAUACAGACAGCUAUUCUCGAACCAGGUCUUCACGGUCUGGGACGGAUGCGGUGGACCGGGGAUCACCAGCCAGGAGUAGUGUUGGAACAAGGACGUACGCUAGCGACGACUUUUCUAGAGCCUCUGAUCGGGAUAAAAGUGCAAGGUAAUUAGUUUAAAAUUUUGACAAUUGGCAGUUAUUUAGGAGAUAAUUACCGAUGCAUUGAUCUUAAUUUGUAUUGCGGUUGGCUGUUUGCUGCUAAUAGUGAGGUUAACAAUGACCACGUGCGACUGCAACGACAACAUCAAAAAAGCAAUAGUUUUUGGUCGCGUAAAAUGUAAAUUCGCGUUCUUUCAAUCUUCACUGCAAUUAUUCCAACUCACCUAAUUUGUCAAAUGUAAGCGAACUACCCUGGAGUUGAAUUCAGAAGGGGAAAGGAAGUUUAAUCGUCGCUUGUUGACGUCCUCUUAUUAAACGCGAAAUUAGGAUUUCACGUUGUAGUCGUGUAGGGACGACAAAGAAAUGUACAAUAAAGCGUGAUGCACGUGCAGAGUCAGUUGUUGUUUUGCUAAUUACAACUAUAAUUGCUUUUUUGACGUCCACGUUUCCGUCGCCGUCGUCGGAAUCUUCAGGUCACCAUAGUGCGACGGUGACGGUGGCUCCGCUGUGAUUUCGCUUUCUUUAAAAUUUUAACGCGAUUAUUCCAAUUCAGACCUUCAAUUGGUGGCGAAUUUUGUCCGAGUUCAAUUUUUACAAAUCAUCUCCAUGUUUGUCAAAAUUCCUGUUUUCCUUCUUUCCUUUUUUGCUAGUGUCCAUACAGCAAGUAAUUUGACAGUUGACCGUUCCGUUACUCGCUCUCAAGUUACCCCCACCCCGUCAGGCUCUAAGCACACGCUCCCUGCAGGGGAGGAGACAGGCAGUAUUCCUGAAGAGAUGGAUCACAGUGUUGCGGAUAGCGUGGUGUCAGAUGUCGGCCUUGAUGUGGCUGAAGAUGACUCGUUGGCUGAGGUUUUAACUGGGGACAGCCUCAAAAAGCCUAGUGGUUAGUUGGAGAUCUUCCCAUGUGACUUGUAGUUGGGGAGCUUUAAAGUUCUGAUGGAAAAAAUAUCGGAUGAUACACUUUAAAGAAAUAUUCUGGAACGAUUUUGAGCAUAUUUCGGAUUUUUACGCACUUGAAAUUAGUGACCCAAGGGCUCGUUUCGCGAAAGUCCCGGAAACGUUUUGGGUCCUACAAAACCCUAAGAGUAAAAGCGCGGAUCGUAGCCAACAAACCAGAGCACUUUGUUUUGUUAACUAACAGGUUUAUCGUAUUAUCUGAAAAGCUUUUAAAAACUUGGUCUUGAAUGUAAACUCAACAGCUUAUCGAGCCCUGCAAUUACCGGGACGUUGGAGGAAUAGACCCCUAAGCUUGUAUGUUUUGUUUUCCCAAUUCAGACCACGUGAUAUUCUCCAGGGAAUUUGCCUUUUGUCUUUUCAUAAAUCAUGCGCACAUAUGCACGCGAAUGCACGUGCAAAGGACGAAAUUUGAGAGAAACACUAACUUUUCACAGGUGUACUAUCACGUGGUUUAAAAUGGGAAAACAAAACAUACUAAAUGAAAAGGUCUAUGUCUGAGGAGACAUAACGUCUAGAUAAUGUUAAAUUCGUCGAACUCAGCUCCUCCAAGACCGGGAUUUGACGAGUUUUGCUUGACUACGUUGUUUGGGGAUGGACAGAGUAACUCUUUCUGAUUUGCCCCUACAGAGCGCUUGGAAAGAUCCCCAGAAGUAGAAGACUACACGCUGAACUUUGAAGAAUCUGUGAUAUCAUCACACACAGCUACGGAUGAUGAGAUCGACUUCCGGAUGAUUUUGCCAUCUGAGAGCCACAGGCGCCGGAGUCUGGGUGCUACCGGAAGGAGAGGCAGCAUAGGCUCUGAUCAAGGCACUGUUUCCUAUUCUUCAGUAAGUGAUAUUAGGUUUUACAACGUACUUAACCGGCUUUGAAAGUGAAGAUACUCUUUUGUGGAACGUGUCCUUUGCAAGAACUGCUUUGUCGCUGUUCUACAAUGUUUAGUGCUUGUUAAUCAUGAAUUUGAUGGCUUGCAUUUUUUCUCUUUUUUCUCUUUUCUUUUAGGAUGAUAACCACGAAUCGGAUUUUGCAGUUGAUAAGGUACACCUAAGCGCCUAACACCUAUUCCAGUACUCAAGUAAUUGUUAACAUCCAUUACUCCUCCUUCCUGUACGCACUCAAAGCCCGGCUAUGAAUCCAUAUCGUUCUUCUUCUGCUAGCACUGUGCUUUCCCUAAUUACCUUCUGUAGCUGUUUUUGUACUCAUCCCUAGCUUGCAAGGGAGGGCUUUUGUUGUUGUUGUUUUUUGUUGGCGUCGGGGGUGGGUGGGGAAACCAGACAAUUGACAGAGACAGGCAAGUCAGUCAGGCAAGAAAAUGUUAUUUUGUCCCAACUCACCCUACAAUUCACUUCAUUUUUCAUUCUUACCUCCCCAGUCGACCUUUGAACUCAACAUUGAGCUUUCCCUCGCCCCCAAGUAGUAGGUCCUGCAUUGCAGGCAAACGAAUCUCUUGACGGUCUUUUCCUUUUUUUAGAUGCUAGAAGAUGUUUCUGCGGCGCCUUUUUCCGGCGAGGACUCAUUCACCCAGUUCACGUCCGAGAUGGUUCGUUUAAUGAAAGAAGAGGAAGUCCGAGCUAAGCAUCAAGCUGGUCUUUUGCGCUUGCGCGAAAAAGCUGUCAAAGAGAAGACCAGGGCCGAGAUGGCCUGGCUCGAGAGUCAGAAAAGAAGACACCGUGACAAAGGAGCCGAUGACGUCAUGCCUUCAAUCAGAAAAAGGCAACGUGGAGUGUUGAUGAGGCUUCAGGCGGAACAGGUAGUAGAAACAAGACGGAAUUAAACACAUUUAUUGCCAGAAGGGGCAAGAAUGAGCAGUCUUCGGCCUUUCACACUAAUGCGUUUUUGUUUCAAAACGCGUACAUUUCGACGCGUUUAGGCUUUCCGUCCACACUAAUACGCCAAGCAUUUUCAUAAAAAAACGCAUCGAUUUGAAAACGCUGUUGAAAGUGGCUCAAAACAAAAACGCGUACGUAUCGUAUUAGUGUGGACAGUCGAAAACAAAAUGAAAAUGGUGACCUAAAAUAUCACAGGCGCGUGUGUUUGCAGCAUGCGCGUAGUGUUCAACUUACGUCACAACGUGCAAUUCUAUCGUUUUGGAACGUUUUAGUGUGGACAGUCGAUAACGCAUCAAAACGGUAGUGUCGACGCGAAUUGAUCGAUGCUUUUUGGGUGACAGCGAAAAUGCAUACUUUUGAAACAACAUUAGUGUGGACCGCCUUAAAAGCCCUUAAAUCAAUUUUGUUAAAAAGGGGGAAGUAAAACACCGAAAUCUUGGGAGUCCGGAAUCUUGGAGUCGAGUGCUUGUUUCCUCUUGAGUAAGAUAAGAAGUUGAGACAUACUGAGCUAUGAGUAAGUACGAGUGAGUUUCUACCAGAGGCUCGCGGGCCAUUUUUGGCAUGUAAACAGAGGCUCUUGAGUGUGAAGGAUUUCUCUACUGUUUUCAGAAUAGAUUUCGUAGAACUUGUGUUAACCACACACCGUUGAAAGACAGCGCUCUAUGCGAACGAGACCUUCUUGCGAGGUCUCUUAUUCUUUUGUGUACACUGUAAACUCUUGUAAUGUUGCCGCUUAAUUAGAUGUAAAUGACAGGAGAAUUUAAUGAAUGAUCGUCAAAGAUGAAAAACAGUUAUCUUUUUAGGUUACGUUCGCACGACACCGGAUGAAUUUUCGACCGGCUGAAAAAUUUGACUGCAUACUUCGUUCACACGGAAUCGUUCAAUAUUUUCGCCCAGUUCAGGCGGAACUUUCCAAGGGCUAGGGUUCUAAAUUUUUGUAUGGUUAGGGUAGUUCCAUGUGAACGGGACACCUAAACGCACGUAUUUUUAACGGUCAAAAACUCGUCUGGUGCCGUGUUAACGUAGCCUUAGGCAAUAGACCUUUUAACGGUUUUUUUUUUCAACUUUUGACAUGGACAAGUUCGGGAAAAUCCGUCGACAACACUCUAGCGAGCGAAGACAUAGCUCCGAAAAGUUGCGAAAAUUCACAGACGCCGUUUGUAUGGUAAACUAUUAAUAAAUAACAUUUCAAUGCUCAUACAGACCCCAUCUUUAAGGACCUCGGUAUACUAAAAUUUAAUGAUAUCCAUUUGCUUCAACUGGGCCAAAUUAUGUAUUCUUGCAAAAACUCAUUCUUACCUCCAAGGUGUAAUAACAAUUUGUCCCAAAGCAAUCAAUUCCUUUAAACACUAUACCAGAGGCCUUCCGUCUACUUCAGUACAAACACUAAGAAGUUCUCGCCCUUUUUUCAAGGGCCUAAGUUUUAAUUCAAACGAGGUCAUCAACUCUCAAUCUCUUUCCUCUUUUAAGAAAAAAACUGAAUAUUAAAUUAUUGAGAAAAAAAACAGUUCAAAAUCCAACUGACUUUUCGCCAUCUUUUCUUUAAUUGAAAAAUCUGUUAGUUCCCGGCCUAUCUAGACACUUAACGCUUCUGAUUUCCUCGCCACUUCUUUUUUUCCUUUCUUUUCCUUUGCUUUUUGUAAUUAUUGUCUGGAAAAUAAAAUAAAAUAAAUAAAAUGGUUGGGGGCAAGUCUGUGACCCCACCAUACAAACGUCUGUAAAAUUUCGCGACUUUGAGGAGCAGUAUAUUCAUUAGUUUUCAACAAAUCACUUUCAAACUUAGCACUUUUACUAAAUUUAAGGCGCUCUUUUCAGUGGUGUGGAUGGAUUUUCCCGAACUUGUCCAUUUCAAAAGUUGAAAAACACUGUGAAAAGGUCGAUUGUGGGGGAAUUUAGGUAACAUAAGAGGCUGCCUUUUAAUGAACUCAAAUAAGAAGAGCAAGACAAAGGCAUCGAGCGUGUGGCGAAAGGGACGAAAACCUGUUCUCCUGCUCCGCUCCUUGCGCACAAAAACAUACAGGCUGGUUGAGCCUACCUCGAGGCAAACAGAUUAAAUCUGCGACAACAAAACACUUUUGUGUGCUUACGCAAUGUUAUGUUUUUUUCCUGUUAUAAGGCGGAGAUCAAGCGUCUGAAAGCUGCAAACCGCGCGGCAAGUUAUGAACGGCGCCUGCUGUUGAUGCAACAAGAAGAAAUUGCUCGGUUACGGAAAAACACCAAGAAAAUACGAGAUAAGGCGACUACAGAACAAACCACGCCAGGGCAGCAGGAGCGAGGAGAGAACUUGACUGCUACAGGACAAGACUCGGGCGAUCAAGUUAAGGUAGGGCGGCGGAGGGAUCUACCAUAAGAAACCAUAAAAUAAACCAUUUCCCAUGGUUACAUUUACCCUGUGUUUAUAUCAGUGGGACCCUGUUUGCCCAGAUGUGAUAAAUGGCAUCAUUGUUAUACCAGGUAAAAAUAUACUAGUCUUGUACCCAUACACCGGAAACGGCGUAUCGUAAGAUCCUCUCUCACAGAUAGUCAAAGUCUUGACUGGAAUCAAGAACGUUCCUUGCAGUUGCUUGCACUUAAUUCUAUUUAUCUCAGUAGCUCACAAUUUUGGGUGAUCUUUUCCUUUCCCUGGUGCGGAAAUAAAUUUAUCGUGAUAUUCGCGCUUACGUCUCCUAUUGAUAUUAAAGUGCCAACUUGAAGCGCAGUGGUUCUUGAAACAAACGAUUCUUUUGUUUCACUCGUUACAAAUUUUGAGAAACAAAAACAAUGUUUAUGAACAGUGAUGUCUCCUAUUGGAUUCUAUGAUGCUAAGCGAAGCCAUCGCAACAUUUUCAGUCUGACUGUUAUAACUAGAAGGAUGAAGCGCUUAUUCACACUUAACUUUUUGUAUUUCACUUUUAAACUCGCUAUUUUGAAUUUAUCUUCCCUUUUCGGGCGAGAAUAAGCGUAUUUCCUUAUCCCCCUAAUCUACUGACUAAAGCAGUUCAUGGCGGGCAAAGCGUAAAGUUAUCGGUCACCAAGUAAUUUUUCACAAACUGCGUUGGUCAAUCAAAGUAGAAUUUAAUAGCUAAAUUUUUUCGCGAAAAACCCGAGUAGCGUUAAAAAUUGAUCUUUUUACGGCUCUUUUAGUUUUUGACGUUUGAUUAAAGAUUUUCGAGCCCCGAGGCAGACCCGACUACGAUGCUUUUUAAGAUUGGCAAGUUUUGACAACAUCUGCAUGGUAGAAAUUCAAAAUCACACAUUGCUUAGUGCGAAUGGACUUAACAAACCGGGAACAGCAACAAGCCUUUUUUUAUUUUCAGAAUGGUUGUGUAAAAGUGAAAUCGCGUUGCCCUUGUUAAGUCGUAAGGUUAAAAAAAGUGAAAAGUUGGUAAAUUCCGCUCCUUAAACCGAACUCCUAUACAGCACUUAUUGACCUCAUUCAUCAUGUUUUCAGAGCGAGGCAGAAUCGACAGAAAUACCCGAAGAGUUUGAUGACAAACCCGGUGACCAGUCCACUCGCAGUCGUUCAGUUGUGUCAGAGGACAUCAAAACUGUAUCACCAUCCGCUUCACACUCCGCCAGCAUCGCCGAAGAGCUGUCUAGCUACCAGUCUCCAGGAGCGAGCCGAUCCGAGUCGCGCCCGACUUAUGAGUCGGCCCGCGGUGACUCUGCUUCGGGAGAAAGGAAGAGACCUUUGUCCGAGGGAGAUAGCGAUGAAGGUUCGGCCAGAGAUGGGCCACACUCGGCUGCUAAGGACUCGCCUACUGCUUCCGACUCUACUAUUAUGCAGAAGCUGAAGAAGCUUAAGAGCCAGUCUGGAGAAAAGUGAGUAGAUAUUGACUUUUCUAAGUCCCUAAUUUUCCACAAGUUAAAUGAUUGUUAGAUUUGUAACGAGCAAAGAGAGAAAAAAACAGGAACUUGGCAACGAUGAAAAAAAAAACCAACAACAACAAAAACAAAUAGCAAAAACAGCAACAAAAAACAAAAUCAGUAGAAAUUAUAAUUUGGCUCAUUUCGUUUUAAACAGAAACCCUUUCUCCCAAAAAAUUUACACAGCCGUGUCCGAUCAUGACACCUUUUAUCAAAAUGUUUGCUUACAUCUGACAUCAACACCAAGAGAGGCAAAUGAAAGCCUCAAGACCAACAUUAAUUCUCUCCAAAAAAUAUCUUUACAUCAGCAAGAGAAAGGUUAUAAGAAUCAUCCAAAUGAUCAUCAAAGGGAAAAUGCUUUGAUCUUUUAUCAAUUUCUCCUAACCAAUUCUUUAAGGAAAUAUACGGAAAUAGGUGUUGAGCAUAUGUCUGUCGAUAUGGACCUUUCACGGUUCUAACGGCAUGAUGGGUAAUCGGGACAAGAUGAUGGGAAAAUCAAAGUCAACUAGUUCUUUAUGCUCGAUUACCAACGGACGAGGGAGACGGCGGAAAUCGAGCCUACUAAUUCUUCCUAAUUGAAUAUAUUCGUCACUUUCUCUUUGCAAACUUUAACUGAUGAUCUUAAAGACACUAUGCACUAAAUGUGGAGAGCACAGCAGUCCAUUGUCUCUUUUUAGAAAAUUUGACUUAAGUUUAAUUAAGUUUAAGUUUAAUAAUUCUUUUUACCAAUGUACAAAAUAAAAAUAUAUAUACAUGUAUAAAGGUACAAUAGGUAAAGGAAAGCAAUAGGGGGAAACUGAAUUCCCAUAUAAAAACUGCCCUCCAAAACGAAAAGAUAAAACAAUUAAGAAUAGAAAACUAAUACAUAACUAUACAUCACGUGAUACUAAGAGAAAAAAAAACAACCAAAAUUUAGUUGUUUUUGUUUUGUUUUUUUUUCUCUCUUUCCCCUUCCCCUUUUCUUUAAUAAACUACUUAGAUAUUAAAUAAAAAAGAAAAUCCAGAUUCAGUAGGAAAUAAUAAACAUAUGACUAUUUACAAAGAUAAUUAAGUAAUAUAAUUUUAAAAGAGUUCAAGCUGGAAGCAGACAUAACGGAGUUUGGUAAAGAGUUCCAGUCAUUAACGUAACGAUUAAAAAAUGAAAAUUUAAAAUAGUUUGUCCUUGCUGCUCUAGGCCUGAUUCUUGUCGGGCCAGUCAGAUCCACAUAUGUGGUAUAAUCAAUAUCAGAAUAGCCAUGAAUUAUCUUGUAAAGUUGAACCAGGCAAAGGUAUUUUCUUCUAAGCUCCAAUGUUGACCAGUUUAGUUCAGUGAGACUUUCAGUGUAAGAAUUAUGAGAUCCACAUAUCAAUCGAGUAGCACGACGCUGAAUGGAUUCAAUACUGUGUAUGUGUUUAACCAAAUAUGGAUUCCACGCUGGGCAGGCAUAUUCCAGAAUAGGACGAACUAAAGCGAUAAAAGCUGGUUUGACUGGUACAGGAUCUUUAGACCCAAACGUUCUCCUUAUUAGACCCAAUACUCGAUUUGCCUUACCAACAAUGUAAUUGAUAUGAGCGUCCCACCUUAAAGAAGAUUCAAUCCCAAUGCCCAAGUGCUUAUGUUUAUCAACAGCCGACAGAUUAUGCCGACUUAUUCCAUACAUUUUGUGUACAAUUUUUGUGUUGUGCAGAAAAUCUAUGGAAGAACUCAGGUUUUCUAAACAGCAUCAAAGGACUGUAAUGGACUCCAGAUUUAGUUUGUAGUUUCUUUAUGUUCAUCAGUUACAUUUUUCAAAGCGAAAGUGAGAAAUAUAUUCACUUAGCAAGAAUCAGUUGACCUUUGUAUUCCCAUACAAACUUUUGACUUCUCCGCCAUCUUCUCCUGAUUAUGUAUGACGAUAGGUGUUUCCAUAAAGUUAUUUUCUCGUACUAAAAUAUCUCGGAGAAGUGGGCUAAUUUCUCUUUUAAAUGCCUUCUUGGGUAGAUUUCGCAAGCCACACGGUAUCUCAUUCCACAGUUUUACGCUAAAUCUGGCUGAAAAGAACGCUUAUGUAUCUCUAACCUAGUGAUUUGUACGUAAAACUUCCCGGAGGUGGAUGAUCGCGUGUUGUACGUAUGUAUGCUGGAGGCUUUUCUUUCGAGCCGCGUGUGUCACUGAAUGAAAAAACAUCUUUCUCACGAAAUGUCUAUUAUGCAGGCAGUUCAUUGGAUAUCCCAGGAUACCCGUGGAGUACUGCCCCGUUAAAAAUGGUUGACAGCCAAGCUAUGUCUGCCUUGUAAAAUUUGUCAUGAUCAGUGCUUGAUUUGAGGAAGAUUAAGAUGGCACUGUGCUAUACAUUAAAAUUAAAAUUUUAUUUCUUUUUUGUUUGUUCCAAUAAAACUUACCUGCAGGAAAUUACCGUAUAGAAAAAUCAUCACUUAGACUUCAUUAAAAUUGAAAAUCUGUGCUUAACUUUACUUAUUAUAAAAAAGGGGGGCCGAUGAAAUGGCUACCGUUUCUGGAUUGUGUCUAAUAUUUAUUCCCCCGUAUUGCUUAACAUGUUUUACGGAAAGCAAUAUCGACAUCGUCUUUACAGAUCACUGCCCAGAUAGGCACUGCCAAGCUGGUUUGGUCAUUCAACCGUAGCCAGAAAAAAUAUUUAAAUUGUGUAAUAUUCUAAAGAAAUCGGGCUAACAAUAUUUCGCUAAUUUUCAAAGUUGUAAUUAUUAAUGUGGUUCUCUCAAAAUGUCUAUACUCGUCGGCGCCGGCGGUUGUCGUAAUCUGAAAUCCAAAACCAUAAUUACGAUUCGUUGAGUUUGAAUCUUGUGUCCUCUCGAGCCAGCGGGAAAAACAAAUAUUCGUGUUGUGGGUUUAAAUGCCCGUCAACCGAUUCAAUAAGCCCGGACGUGUUCAAAAAGAGUAAAUUGUUCCGUAAUCGGCAUGACGUAAUGUGUACAGGCGAUAAAUAUGUUGGUAAUUGGAUUUUAAAAAGUACCCGAAGAAAAUGACUGUUUUACCCCCUUACUCUCUUGGACGUCGAAAACUUUGGGGCAGUGGCUUGUUGCUGAGAAGAGCAGAUUGUCAUUUGGCAUGGUCAGUUAAGUUUCUUUGUUUUUUUCAUAGCCGUAUUAUUGACACUCGUUAAUUUUUAACGUCGACUUUUACGAAUUACGUAUGUCAUGUGAAUUCAACAAUUUCAUACUCAAUUUUGAGUAGUGACAGAAGUAUAAAUAAUUUUUUUUUAUUAAUUGACGACAUAAAAGGUUACCUUUUGUAAAAAUGUUUGUACGCCUAAAAAUUUUAAUUCAGUCCAAAUUUAGACGAAACGUAUCACAUGUAAGUCCAAGUUUUUCAAGGAAAGAUUGUAAAACUUUUGCACGAGACAAAUGUGUAAUCCCUAUUAAAAACAAUGUGACUUCCGAUUUAUGUACGAAAAAAUACCACUGUUUUUAUAUUAGACCUUGUUUUUUAGUGGUAGGCAAAUAAAAAAAGCCACAUAUAAGUCGUCUAUAAAUUCAGAUAAGAUGAAGACAAAAUAUCUAUAAUUCUAGUAUUUCCAUUCGUUUACUUGCUCGCCACUUAUUCAAUUUUAGUUGCGUUGAUUAUGCAAAGCAAAGGUCUGGAAUGAAAUGCACGGCACAUGCGGCAAAAUUAGACAUUUCGUCACACUUCAUAAUUCACGUCCCACUUAUUCUCAAUAACCCUUCACAUAUUUCUGCAACUAAUUUUGUAGGCCAAAUCUGUUGACACUUUCUUCAAGAAACUGGUAAUCUCCAUGGCGAAAUUUAGCUCGUUAGGCUUGGCUGCGUAGAGGUACUUCUCCAAAUCUGAUCAUCGCACUUUUCUAUUUGUAUCGGAGCAGUUAAGUUCGUUUUUCUAACGGAGCGAUGCUUUGUUUACUUUGCCGGAUCACUCGCAGGUGGGGUUUAAUAGUCGUUAUUACGUCUUGAAAUAUUGUCAUAUAUAAGUGCAAACCACCCGAUGUAGUUAAAUGGUCAUUGUGUCAACGCUCAUAACAAUCUUUGUAAAAUACUAUAACAAACAUUUGAUUUUCCUGUGUUUAAAACAGUUGUCUUCUGAAGUCAAAAUGUGGUGUAAGUUGCAAUCUUUUCAGCAAUAGUGUUUUACAAAACAGGCAGAUUUCAGUCGAGGUUUUUUUUCUCUCUAAUGGCUCUGGGGAGACGCGUUUAUUUUCUUUUUAAUUGAGAAAGAUGGUCUCUUCUUCGAUAUUGUAAUUGAUGUUGUAUUAAUUAUUGCGGAGACAAGCAAGUCUUAUACGCUGGUCUAUUCUUCAGUCGGCUAAGACAGUGACCACACGCAUCUCUGUAAGUUUCUACCGAAGCAUUCGUUAUAUGCUUCCGGUUUAUAGACCAAUACAAACUUAUUAUCGUGUAAGCCGCGUAGCACUCGCAUGAAGUGAUUUUUUUUAAAAUUGUGCAUUUAAAAGUUAAUUUUAAAAAGUAAUGUGAGUUAAACCAGGAAUCAAAGAAAUGUUUGUGACGCCGGCGAUAAAUGGAUCUCACGAUCGUCCAGCUCUAUAACAGACUGAGGCCUCAAUAAAACGUCGCAUUCAGGUGAUGUUACACGGGGGCGAUUCGCAACAACGAUUUCGAGCGCAACAGAGCGUUGCAACAUUGUUCCAACAUUGUCUCAGUGCGACUUUUGCUCUCCAGCACGGCGGUUAUGUGCCGCGUGAAUGGACGAAAUCAGUUCUUAACUAUAUCUUGGGCACAUGUGAAAAGUUAAUCUUAUCUAACGAAAUAACGUAAACAGCUUUUUGCAGUGAGUCGGAGUAUGAAAUUAGUUCACCUGCAAAUCUCGCGCUUGCUUUGCACAGGUUUCGUUUAAGGGUUCAUCUAGACUGUUCACGGUCCCCUAUUUUCCCGUAAGAUUGUCGAGAUCGAGCGCUUUGUCCACACGCAAACAACAGAGAUUUUUUCUCCGUUUUCAUAAAAGUUCGCAUCCACACGUAUUCAAAUCGUUUUGGCGCAUCCAGACGAAAACGCCUGAACGACGCAAAUACGAUAGCGUCCCUCACAAAUCAUGUGUGUAUGAUGUAUGGCAUCAUCGUGUUCGAAAACCUACGUUUUUGUCCGUCCACACGAAAACGACAAUCCGGCGGCUUUUAAAAAAUCUCCACUACGAGGACCGUGCGUUUGUGAUGACUGAAAACUCCGUUUACAUGUGGACGCAAUAAACGCUAGCCUGCGAAAACAGCCGUUUCUCUUCGCUCCGCGCUGCUGGGUACAGCGGCAGGAGAAACGGCUGUUUUCGCAGGCUAAAUAAAGGCUAGAAGCGAGUAAAAUCUCCGUGUUCAAAUAUAACCGGAUAUGUGUGGACUGGGCCUGAGACAGCUAAAACGUCGUUGAUUUAGUCCGACCUCAUUAUCCUCUCGAGGGAAAAAAUUGUUUGCAGCUGUUAGUCUAUCUGGUAAACAUUCUCCAAAGUCAAUACUUAAACUUUGCAAAGUGAUAAAUGUGAACUUAAACGCACCAGUUUGAGCAGUUUGUUUGCGAUUUUAAACUUAUGCGGAUUGGUGUGGACAGAGGCACAUCCUUUGGCAAGCAAACUCGUAAAAUCAACGAAGUAAAUUAUUAUUUUGGAAAGUUUUAAAUAUCUUUAAUCUUACCUUUGUAACCUUUUCAAUAUUUUGGACGAAUAGGCUUUACAACGGAUGGUUAAAAUUUAUACAUCUACACUUCUAGAUGUUUAGAUUAUCAUUAUCUACCUAUCGUCAGGAGUGCUUCAGUCUUUUUCAAGAAACAGAAUUCUUAGACGGUCAAGGUCGCUCGCGACCAAACACUUUCUGAAGGGAGAGAGUUUGUGGCUGCGAGCGACCUAGAGGGUGAAAAAAUCAGUCUGCAUAAAGCCCCACCGGGUAAAAGAUAUUUAAACAUAGAAAUGCGAGUUGUCGGCGAGCGCAGCUGUAUAGCCAACCGCUCAAAAAGAGUGUUCAGUUUUUGCUAUUGAGUCAUCGCUCACGUGCUCUUAAAAAGAUAACAUUAAACACGAUUAGCCAAGAAAAUGGUGGAUACCUGCCAAAAAAGACCUACGAAACAAAAACAAACAAAACAUCCCGGGAAAACCUCUUAAAGCCAUUGCUGCAGUAAGCAUCACCACCGUGAGAGUGAACUCCAAAUUUGUACGCGCGGAAGAGUGUAUCCCGUUUGUGGCUGCACGUAUUGAAAAGAUGGUGGCUUGAGCAGUCGAAUCCGUUUUAAGAAGUGUUCCUGCAAUGUGGCUAUUUUUCUGCAUGAGAAGGUAUUUUCUCGAUGUUUUCACUUGUUGCUUCGGUCACCUGCAGCUUUCGUUACGUGAAAUUUGCAAAUGAUCCGAGUGAAACAGCAGAAAACGAAUUCUGUACGGCAUUUUGGCAAUCGUUAGCUUCGUUUUUUCCGCUGUUCCGUUAACCACUAAGACCGUAAGAUCGGUUUAUGCUUUAAUGAAUUCUUACCCGACGACGAAUUGUGCCUAUAAUAUUAGUAGCACUUAACAGAGAAGUUUAACAUUUACGAUGAGCUACUUUCGCUACUCUCUAGCUUUACUGGGACUUCAAGUCUUCCUUUGAUAGAGGAUUUUCCCCAUAGCGAGUUGCAAGGAAAAUUAUGUUUUUGUUAAACGGAUUAUCUCAGUGACUAUUGUUACAUUGGAACUUCAUUUCGCGUUCAAAUUUCACUUCCUUUACCUGGGCUUAGUACAGUUAUACGUUUUUGUUUUACUAAAUCAUCUUGUGCGUGCCAGUUUAUAAGCACUUGGUUUUCUAGUUUCUUCAAAGUGCAAUUUGCUUGGGUUGUCAGUGAUGUAAUAUAUUAUUGACCGUCCUUGGAUGGUAUCUUUUAUUCCUUGCGUUAGGAUGCGUUGGCUGUAUUACUAGUAUACUGCCUUCUAAAAAUCUUGUAAAAACCCGUUUUACGGGAUUUUUUCGUUUCUGUUUAGCAGCCAUUCUGUUACUGUAGCUUAAGGACCGAAAAUCGUGAUAACUUUCACGUUGCGUGUGUUGCUAAUAGUGAGUAUAGUCAACGGAAAAUAUUUUCAGCAGACGCGGCUGUUUUUAACCCAUUCUUACUUCAUUCGGAAUUGUAGCCUGUCUCGUUUUUAAAAGCGGUUUUAACUUAUUUAUGCACGGUCAUCCUCACAAGGCAUCAUCAUCAUCCAAAACCUUCGUUCAUCUAUUUGCUCGUUGGUCGUACUAAACCUAAAGAUGUAUUUAACCCUGGUAAGUAGCGAUUAACAACCAAGCGGUUUUGCCUGAGUGCUGUUACAGUUUACUGCAUCAAGGAAGCACCUAAUUUUUCUGGCUCUGUUUUAAGACUUCCUGUUAGAAUGAUAUUAAGCAAACAGUGAUAUUAAGCAAGGAUGGAAAAAGGUCAAUGGAUGGUGGGCUUUCGGCGUUGAUUUACCUUAAAGGAUUCUGAAACCCUCCUGAUUUGAAAAAGAAACAAAACAUAAACAAUUAAAAAUAAACUGCAGAUCUCUGCGGGCCGCCCAAAGUGGCACGGUAUAUUGUAGCAAGGUGAACGUUCAGGUUCUAGCAAAGGUAUGAAAUUAUUUCAGAAAAAGAUGACUACUAUCGAAGUUGAUUUAAUCAAUGAAUGCAUAUUAAGGUCUUUAUUAAUUGCCUGCGUACUAGAGAGUGAAAAUUUUGCACAAGUCUACUUAGUCUAAAAAAAAAAAAAAAAAAAAACAAUAACAAAAAAAAAAAACUUUUAAGGUCAGAAAAGUCCCACAGAAAGCCGGCUAAAAUUUUAGUUCUUGGCCAAGGCAGAUAGAGGUCAGAGAAUUUUAGUUCAGUCUUCUAGAGGGUUUUAAUUCGUCACUAUAUUCAGCAGAAAGCACUUUGUAGUUGAUCGUUGUUGACAUAGUAUUCCAAAUCUUGGAACACAGUAGAUUCCAUGGCAAACGCAGCGUGAUCGAAGGUGAAUAGAAAAAUAUUCAUUUAAGUUGCUUCAGUUCUUGUUGGUGUUCUCUUACUGUUGUUAUCUCUUUUACGUUGCCAAAGAAGCCUUUCUCAUGAAUUAUUCGAACUGUUGCGUGACGACCUCAAUGUGAGAUGAAUAUGAUGUGUACAUAGGUUUUGAUAAAGAAAAAAAUGUUCCUAGGGGUGAUUUAAAAGAAAAUCCUCGAAAAAUUUUUUUUACUUUAAAAAAAAGGAGACGAAAAACGAAUUUGACUCGAGAAAUUUGCGCAAUGAGGAAACUAAAUGAGAAUUUAAAAUAUUGCUAGAAAUAGAGCGUUUUCACUCCGUGGCCACCAUCUAUACUAAUUUAUUGGAACAAAAGGAAGUUUUUACAUAAGAAAAGAGUUCAAUUCCCAGAGGAACUUUCUUCGGAAACCAACAUGGCCGCCCGUUUCAAUGUGGCCGUCGUGACGUCAUGUAAAAGCGCUCUAUACGUGGCAUUGAGAUAGGCUUCCUUACGGAGUUUAGCCUGUUCCAGGCUCCAAGUAGUGCAGUCGUUCAGUAAAGAGUGAUGCGGAAAAAGCGCGUGGGCUGGGGAGAGGCCAGGCUCCAAGAAAGCAGUCGUUUAGUAAAAUGAUGCGAAAAACGCGCGUGGGCUGGGGAGAGACAGAUCACGCGCGUCUUAUUUUCGGUUUUCUUGUUUUAUUUGCCUUCCUACUAUACUAUCUGAGAGCCUGGCACAGGCUAUACGGAGUUCGGAGGUGGGGGCGAGGUCUUUGGGUAAGGGAUAUUCUUAACUAGUCAGCAACUAGAGAAACUGAUCUGGUUGAAUGUAUUUCUUUUAUGACGGAUUUCCUUAAGGUAAGGGAGAGCUUUUAUUUUAUUGCACGUGUUUAUUAAACGCCGUAAAUCAAGUUGAAUUAUCUGUUAUGCUGCAGAUACUUAACGCUGCGAGAGCAAAAGCUUAUGAAACGGCGAAGAGAGGCUGAAAACCUGUUAGAAGACAAGAAAAAGCUGCUAGAGUGGGAAAAACGUUUGGAUAAAGAGGAGAGCCUUGUGCGUAACCUGCUUAACGAAGCGCUGAAACUCGAGAGCUCCAGAAAUAGGAGCGGACAAACAAGCUUUACUAGCGAAGAAGAAGAACAUAAGGGUAAGUUUGCUCUCUUCGCCCUUUGAACCCUAAUAUUAAAUCCAAAUUCUCAUUUGUUGACCUUUUGCGUUUUCAAUAGAAGCAGUGGGGAGAAUUUGUUGAAGUAUCAAUUAGAUUUAUCUUCUGUGAUCAUGAUCAUUUAACUCCUGUAAAUUGGCCACUUCCGAGAUCCAAAAACCCUCACUUUUUAAGUGCGGCCAAGUGCACAACCUUUCUUGUGAAAAUGAGUUUUACUUGCAUGAGAAUGAAGAAUCCUUUCCAUCUCAAAGGCAGAGCACUUAACCUCGUUUUGAUACAGAGGCCGGUGGAACUCGAUUAUUGCAUUUAUACCUGUUGUGGCUCGAUUUGGAUCAUUAUACGUUUCUGGGAAACUGCCCACCUACCCCUCCCCUCAGCCAGCAUUUGCACUUACUUCUCACUAAGGGCAAAAUGUUGGCUUAGGGGAGGGGUAUGUGGGCAGACCACAGCCUACUCCAUUUAAACGGCUUCGCCCUCACCUCGUGUUUUCACUUGCGUUAUUGCCUGUCUCCCUGUCGAGCAUCUGCUAUGUAGGAUCCAGUUAAUUACCAUUUGUUAACAUUUUGGGGAAUGUUACUGACACCUUGAUCUAAAAAUUAACGCCUCAGCAUACAGGCAGCAUUUAAAAUCACACUUUUGGUGAACUUCAGCGACCUGUUUACGUUGAAGAUAUUACAUGCGCGCAAAAGCGCCACUAUUCCCCGUUACUUUCUAACUAUUGUAUCUUGUUAUUAGAGACCCUUAGAUUCUAAGACGAGUACGACAACCAACGAAUACGAGAUUUUCUAAACACUUAGUAGUGCUCGCUCGUCAACCAGCGUCAUUUUGGCGGGAAAACGUGGUAGCUGUCGUCAUUCUACUGUGAGUUUUGGCGAGAUUGUCUUAGUGGCGGAAACAAGUUUUCAAAUGUUAAAAAUUUUAUCAUUUUGUGAUUGCGAGAGGGCUUAACCUUCUCCAAUAAAGAUAACAGUGCUUACUUUUCUGGUGAAAAACGCCCAAUGAAGCAUUCCGGGUUAUCUAUUUUUGUCUAUUUUAAAACAAAUCUCGUACUUGUAGUCAUGCUCGUCCGCAAAUCUAAAGACCUCUAAUAGGCUGAUUUAGCAACAGAACUGGAACGUCAGUUGACGACGGUGCGCGCAAAUUAAACAACUGGCUUGACCAAUGGCACAACGGCAAAUUGGGCACCGGAAGUCGUGUUUAGUCUUUUCUGCGCGUUUUGCCGUCGUCCACUGACGGCCCCGUCCUGUUGCUAAAUCAGCUUAUUGUCUUUUGGUAGAGCGCAGUGGCCGAACUUCUGCCAGUCCUUCGAGUAAAACAAUCGACAAAGAUCGGUACUCUCAAGGGACCGAGUCCGUCAGCGAGUCCAUCAAAGCUACAAGUUCUAGGGCUCACGAACGGAGCGCCAGUGAGAGCUCUGUUCCUGAGGAUAUCAGUGCUUCAGCCCGUGAUAAAUCACAUGAUUCGGGCAGAUCACGUGAAAGCUCUAUCCCGGAAGUGUACAUGAAGACCCAGUCGCAUGGAGGCUCGAUUCCCGAAGAGAUCCCCGAAGAGUAUGGAAAUGACACCUUUGAGUCUCUGGAUAGUACGGUCACUCCCGCGCACUCCACCCCUGUUCGAAGCGAUUUGUCAUUCAAGAAGGACACCUCUCCCAGUAUGAGCCGGAAGUCUUCUAAUGACGGAAGUAAAAGCGAAGAAGAAACAUCCAUGACUGGUAAGUGAAACACUGCUUAGAAAGUUUUUGAGAAACCAUGACUGUUUCGUGGAAAAUCAGUCCAUACUUAGUUGAUUGUUUCAUGUUCUCUUAGUACAACAAAUGGAGUAACCUCACACGCACACUCCUUUAGGGCUUCGUCACACGUUCCUUACUCACGAACAAAGGUGGACGCAAGUGCCUGCUUGGUUAGGGAGACGAUGGUCGGGAAGGAAAGCGUGACGAAGCCCUAAGAACAUCUGAGAGGGAGGCUUAAUAGCCAAUAACAUCUGUGCUUAACUGACAGAUGAUCAAUAACAUCGCGACCUAAUCGACCAAUCAGGUCAAUAACCAGAGUUUGAUACCAUCAGUUGGCGUGAUACUUUGACUUUGACUCUGAAGAUCACUACCGCACAGGUUGUUGAAAAGUCAGUCACUGUCAACAACAACAGUCCUAUUCAGGAAUACGUUCACCCGGAAGAUCAAACUCAACCUACUUAUGAAAUGACUCCUGGGUUCAAACCUUUUACAAUCCAAGAGCUACAGCUAAAAUCCAGUCGAUCUGGAAUGAGCCCUACCACUUACCUUUCAACCGAAAUUACCGGUUUUUUUUUCUGAAGACCGCGCCAAAGUAGAGUACAAUAAGGUUCAGGUGAGUGUGACUCGAAAAUGGUUCAGAAAAUUUCCCGGCGUUCUAGACGGUUAGUAUAGAAGAGAAAUGCACCUGAGGAUUUCGAGUCAGCAUAACCUACCCCUCCCCUAAUCCAACGUUAACAGUAAUAUCUCACUUAGGGUAAAAUGUUAGGUUGGAAGGGGGAGGGGGUGGUUAGGUAAGCACCUUCUCAGACGGGAUGAUCUGUACCAUUUGAGGUUCCAACCAAACCGAAAUUCGAAAUUGCAGGGGUUUUUUUGGGAAAAGGUCCCGAAUGGAAUGGGCGUCGUUGGCCGACGUAUGAUUCUGCUUACAUAAACGUAUCAUGGAAUGGCCGUCGUGUGAUUCCGCUCACAUGCUUAAGUGGCCACGUUACCAGCGCGGUUGCCUCGGUGGUGUAGUGGCUAUCACGCCCGAGUACUAACUGGGUUCGAUUCUUGCUCGAGACAACAUGUUUUUCUUUUCAGAUGAGGUGUGUGUCGAAAGUCGUCUUACGCCGGGUGUUGUGGUAAAAGUUUGUUGUAUUUUUAGCUCCCGAUGGUGCGUGCCGCCUUUUCUCGCGUGGGGUGAUUUUCACGCGAGCUCGCGUUUCGCUCGCUCUACUAUCCCUGAGGAAAAAGGGGGACUACUCGUAGUCUACCCAAGAGUGACCAACAUUAGUUUUCUCCUUACAGUAUCACUACACAAUCAAGAGAAAAGGUUCUCUGAGUUAACAUAAUAAUCACAAAAGGGAAAAUGCUUUGAUCUUUUAUCAAAUCCUCUCAACUGAUUUUCUCAUCCCUGAUGAUGCCGUUGAUGGGCGAAAGCUUGGAUUCUGGAUUUUACUUUUUUAAAACAGCAGUCUAAGACCUCACUAGGACAGUUUUAUGUUCUCUGAACUAAUUUUGUAAGAAAUGUAUGGAGAUCAGUAUGGAGAAUUUGUUUGUGGAUAUUGUGGCUAAAAGAGUGAAGACAGGUUUUCGCAGUGAAUUUAUGCAAAAUUGCAUUCAAGACGUUACGCACUCUAUAGAUGUCAGGUGACAAACAGCGAGGGCGCUUUUGGGGAAAGCUCGCGAAAGCUCUAAAUGGUAGUGUAUGAGAGUACACUCUUUGUCUUUCCAAAUUUAACAACAUUAAUUCGGGCGUCAUUGGAAAUGAGUGGGUUAAAUCAGAGGAAGUACAAUUGAGUGUCAUGUAUAUUCAGUUUUCUCUAAGGCAUUUUAAAAUAUUGUCCGCUCAUCAAUCAUUUUUCUUUUUUUCCAACGACAACAAGCUUAUAUACUGGCUUAGAAGGAAACAGUGUUAUUCGUUCACUCAUUUUGAUUUGCUAGGUGUAGUCAUCGACGGUUUUGUUCAUUUGAUUUUUUGUAAGCGCGUGGGAAGACCUUAAACACGCUUGCACUUUUGGAACAUCCUAUUUACGGUUGAACUUAAUUCAUAUGAAAUUGUCUUAAUUUUACGCAAUGGGUAAGAGUUGAUGAAACACCCUUGGUUUUGUAUACCAAUGGUCUUCACAUUGUGCAGAUUUAAUAUGCUAGUUUGAGUAUUUUUGUUUAAAUUUCUGGGUCAUACACGCGUUGUCUGUAUUUACAUGUCAUUUGCUUCUUUGUUACGACGUUGGAUUGAUAUUAUUGAAAUAAACACAAACUCCGUGCAAAUUUAAUAUUACAAUUUCUUUAUUUUAUGUAAUUAAUUCAAAAGUCAGUUAAGCGCAUUUUGUUGCAGUAUUCUCGCCUUCCCAGAAAAAAUCGUGCCGUUAAAAAGUCAGUUGAUGACUUGCUCAUUAAAAAUCAAUGUGACAACCUUAUGGACCAUGACUUCAUACCUUCUAAGUGAUUAUGCAUUUGCAUGACAAAGUCGAAGUGUAUGACAAUCCUUACACCCACUUAAAUCGCCUCCGCGUAGUUUUUUUAUUUUUCGCCUAACGGUUACUUCGAUUUUUUGCUUUAUGCUUGUCUUCUUGGCUUGUAUUGCAAUCGUAUACUUAACGGUAUUUCAUCAUUUCGAUAACUCCAAUAAAAUUCAGGUAAUGUCACUUUCACGCCUCAGGGAAAAGUUGCCAUAGGAUUUCCACACGCCUGGAAAAAUGUAGUGAAUAUUUUACCUCUUUCGAAAUAACUUCCCACACGAAGAAUGACGGAAUGGGAUUUCUGUAGUAAUAUUCUCAUUCACUCGCGGGUUGUCGUCUUCUGUAGAAUCUUUUCCAACACGUGUGAGGAUUUCACUGGUGUAAGACCGAAAAAUGUUGUUUUUGUAGACGUAAGUUUUUCACUUUAGUUAUUACUGUACAUUUUUUUCUCUUAUUUUAUACUAGGUUACUGUAGGUAGUCAUUUAUUAAAUUUUCAGUCGUCGCAAAUGUGCCGUUUAUUGCACUAAACUAAACGUGCCUUUAAAAACCUUAAAAUUUCAGGUAAAAUGUAGACAUUUUUAUUUUCAUCGUUUUUGCUAUCUUGGAACCGGUCGGCGUCAAUGACGGAAGCGUUACUUACACGAAAUGAACAGUAUGAACAGUCCAGUCGCGUGCUCGGUAUGACACAUCCGGUAACAGAUUUUUUGUACCAUACCAAACUCCUUUAGCCUUUUAAGGUGUCCAGGAGCAUUAAUUUAAGACAACCCUAGCCAAACGCUCUUUAGUAAACCAAACGCCGUCAUUCUUUGGGGCUGCCCAAGAUCCUUAAACUAUGAUCUCCCUACUGAGCCAAAAGCUCUUUAGAAAACAAAAGAACCCUCAGGGGCACCCAACGAUAGUUUCAUCCGAAACAGCUUGAAAACACUUUUUAGGCUAUCCAGAGUGCUUUUAGAGCGGUAGAAAUGCAUUCUAAAAUUUGGAUCUGUUCGGUCAUCCUAGGGGAACUUGAGUCUUGAAGUUACAAGGGCUUCAUUAUUAUUUUCCCGAACACUUUGAUGCAAUUUGACGUAUUACGAAAGUGAGACAUUUUCUUAUUUCUCUCGCCUUCACAUUUUUGCAGCCGAAAAUUGUAGGUUCCCUUUUUUCUGCGAAAAAUAACCUAACUUUGGAAGUAGAAUGUGAAAAUUAAACCUCGGAAAAUCGUAGGGAAUUUAUAAGAUAACCUUCGAAAAUUGUACAUGAAUUGAACGGUCAUCUAGAAAUUUUUUGCCGGCUUCAAGUAAUAGAAAAUUCUAGGCAAUUUUUGCUUCCCCGAACUGAUAUUUUACAGAAAACAGUCGGUGGGUGCCCCUGAACCCUCUGUCGCUCUCAACUGAGUUCGCUUUUCAGUUGUCAGUUCUUACAAACCUCAACCUGCUACCCACUUCUUUCUGUAUUCCUACUUUACAUAAAUUUAUUUUAGUGAAAUAGGAGUUAAGUUCUGAUCAUUUAGCAUCGCUGCUACAUCCUUUCAACUUUUGUUGGAUGAAUGUUGGAUAUAACCUAACCUAACCCCAGCAAAUAUCCCCUAUCCCCUACCCCUUUCGACGCCUGCUACGCAGGCUACAAAUAAAACACAUAUUAUAUGCAUUUGAAAACAGCCAAUGGAAUCUCUUAACUUGUGUGUGGGAUGUGACAUCGAAGGAAUAUCACUUAUCCGCAGCGCUAAUGGGACUCGUGGCGGGCUUGGUCGAGAUAUUUUAAAUGAUUUUGCCUAUUUUCAUUAACUUUUUAUUACUUAGAAGUAGAAAUUGGUGAAAGAAACGCAGCCCUUUACUGGCAAAAUGGUCGGCACUUAUCAAAUAAAGAUGACUCCUUUACAUUGUUAAUCGCAAUUCAUUCAAGCUGAGACAAACUGAUCACUGUUUUUCAAAGGUUAACCUGAAUGCAAUCCGUUUUAAUCUUAUUCAGCUUUUCCCAUUAGUGCUCCUUUUCGGCCUUUUUGUAUUUCUCUCGUGAUUUUCUACUUUUUGAGGAAGUCGUUUUUAUUGGGCUGCCCGUGAGGGCAACGCCCAAUCAAGAAAUGGGUCGCUUCUAUGUCGAAAAAAGACAAAAUGGCUGACGGAGCUCCCAGAAGGCUUUGGGGCCGAUUUUUUCGGGAAGAGGACGGGUCAUUUCAGGUCUUUUAGCGGACAGAUUUGGAAGUAGAUUUGGAACGAACACAAACUUAUUGCGUGGAGUUAUUGGCCCUAUAUCUACGCGGAAUGAUUAUUUGAAUACAGUAAUCGGUAAUGUAGUUAGCCUGCGCGGGAGCUGCAGAAACAAGCGGCCCUCCUACGGUCCCCACGGGAAAAGCUUCAACCUGUUGCAGUUCUCUCCCUUCGUGUGAAAAGUCUUUCCUUACAAGAAAGGAAUAUGCUAUUUGUAGAUCGCCCCGUCAAAUAGAAACAUAUUCACUUGCCAUGGAUUGUUAGAAAGGCUUUAAGCGCAAUAUCCGACAGAAAUAAAACUGGAAAAGGUUGACCCUGUCACGAUUUAUAAGAGUAGAACGGCAAGAAUUUUUGGAAUUUCCGGUGACAUCAAAUAAGUCACCAUAUACUGUCAUGCUAUAUUUUGGGGCGGGCAUUGUGGAAAUGUCCCAGUUGAAUCCACCAUUCAGCCCCGGCUUAAAAACGCGCAGUCAGCAGCCCAAUGAUCCGUCACUAUGGGGGUCUUUUUUAUCGUUUUCUCAGUCGAUUCUGUCAUCGUUUGGUAUUGCUGAAGUUAACUAACAUAUCGUCGAUCACAUAGCCAUGCAGUCUUAAUAAUUCAGAACCUUUGAAGCAGGACAUUCAAAGCCCGGAAUUUGAAUAACUCUAUUUCUCAGUCGAUAUUCUGUUAAUUCCAUUGUAAUUGAACGUUGUAGUUUGGUUACCCACGAAGCACUUAGGAGUUCUUGUGAAUUCUUUUAAACGUGUCCGUGCGUUCCAGAUCGAAUUGGAAUUUGAAGUGUUGGUUUUUGAGGAGCGGGGAAAACCUCUCGGAGCAAGGCAGAGAACCAAUAAAAAACCCUUUAAGCCCCGAUAUCCACAUACAAAUUCUCCAAACUGAUCUCUAUACAUUUCCUUUAAGAAUAAGUUGAGGGAAUUUGAUAAAAGAUCAAGGCAUUUUCUCUUAGGUGAUCAUUUUAUUAAUUCUCAUAACCUAAUCUCUUGACAUUGUAUGGAUAUCGUUAGGAGAAAAUUGACUUUAGACACUAUUGGGACUUAAAGGGUUAAAGGCUUCGACGCGUGGAUUUGAACCGAAGCCACAUUGUUGGGAGGCGAGUGCUCUCACCACUGCACCACCCGUGCUCCAGCCACCAGGCAUGCGUUUUUCUGUGCAUUUACUUACGACUUUUUCGUUUCUUUUCUUGUAUAGAAACCUCCGACCACAGUGAUAUCGAGUCACGUGUCCGCCGGCUGAGAGACCAACUGGAGGUGCGCAAGCGCGAAGUGAAGCGUUUGUACAAUGAGAGGAAAAAGCAGAGAAAAGCUAUGUUGCGGGCUCAGGAAGCCAGCUUGCGACAAGAACUACAGGUAUAGACGCCAAGGGUUCAUUUUGACGUCAUUUCUUAGGUCUAUAGGAGUGUAGACCAUGUAAAAUUGUUGUCUAUUGCUUAGAUUCAGUAAUCUUUAAUGCACUUCGAGUCACGAGGUUACCCUUUGUGUAGCGGCAAUAGCUUCCACAUGGAAACACUUCUGCAGUCCCUUCGUUUUAGUCAGAAAUAGCAGUUCUGAACGAGCGUUGCAUCCUAUGUCAAGGCUUUCCUACCCAGGAUUAAUUGCUCAUUUGUUGUUGUUACUGUCUUUGUUAGGCUGUGGAAAUGGUGAUCUCGAGGACGAAGGCGGAGCUUAACAGACCUCAAACAGACUCCAAGAGACCAGAGACUGGCUCGGUAGACCAACAGAAUUCAAAGAGUGACACGAGUGAUACAACUCCUUCACGGGAAAUCAGAUACAGCCUCUCUCGUACCUCAGAUGCAGGCAGCAGACGUAAAAUAUCUCCUUCCGAGAAACUUUUAACUGUAUCAGCCAGGAGUGAACUGGCAAGGGAGAAAGGUUCAUCCGCAACGGAGAUGGACACCAGUGGUCGAAGCGAGCGAACAAUUUCAGAAGUUCCGAGUUUGAAAGACAAAGAUAAGGACUUGUCCUCCUCCAUUCAGGAGGCAAAAUCUUUAGGGAAAAGUGAGACUUCGAUAAGUAAAAAUAUAGACUUGGAACCCGCAGCAAAAACUCGAAAAGCUGACGAGCAGAUCUCUCGGAAGCUUCGGCAAACUUUGGAGAAUGAAAACAAGGCUUCGUUGCGGGAACAGCAAGCUUCGGAGGAGGCGGAAAUUGAGGACGAGGCGAAAACCGCCGAUGAUCUGUCCAUAAGCGAAGAUAGCGUGGCGCGAACUGCGUCUAAAGCAUCUCGUUUGGAAAAUAUUUCUCAAGGUUCUAGUAAAUUGUUCUCUGUUAGUCGUGGAAGCGUUUCUGAUAGCGAUGCGAAGAGUUCAAUAAAGACUGUCGAAGAUUUAUCCGUUAGUGAGGGAAGCGAAAUAAGGACGAAGUCAUCUCGUUCUGAAUCUUCCAUAGGAGAUAGUAGUCGGAAAUCUAUACCUAAGAAAACAAAGAACGAUAUGUCAGAACAGUCGAGUCUUGCUGGCGAAAGAAAAAGGACUGUUUCUGAUGCCUCAAAGUCUUCCCGACAUUCAAAAUCACCCUUGAUGAAUGAGAAGUCGCGAAGCUCUAGGCAAGUGUACAGUUCUUCCUUUGAAAGUGUCCAAGAUGAAGGAGACAGGACCGAGGACGACAUCAGCGAACACAUUAGCAUUGAGGAGAGGGUGCAAAGCAGCGAAGCGGAGGAUAGCAUAAGAGAUGAACGUGAAAGCUCGGAAAAAAGAGAUGAAUCAAAAGAUUUUGAAAGAACUAGAGAUAUUUCUGAUGCUCAGGAGAACGUUGUGAUUGUCAAGGAUGAAAAUUCUGAAAUCGAAGAACAACUUCCUUCAACUGAAAGAACGACGUCUGUUUUUGGUAACAAUAGAACUACGACUCAGAAUACUGAACAUUCGCAAGAAAAAGACCAAGGCUUUCUGAGACCGGAAGUGAAUGAGGACCAGUUCCCUUCCUAUAGCACGGAUUUUGAACCUUCUGCUUUGGAUGAAACAGACGAUGGAAAAUCUGAUAACUUAAAACCAGAUGCCUCUUAUACCCCAGAUUUUGAAGAGCGUGAUGAUAGCGUGCGGAGUCAAGCAAAAGGUGAAGAUUUUAGUUUCCCGGCCGCGCAAGGGAAGUCGCAUUCCGAGUUAAGUGCUGGGGACAAGAAGACGCUCUCUCAAGGAAAGCUUGAGCGGGGUAAGCUACAAUUAUCUGAAGACCAUAAGGUCCCCAAAGUGCCAAGUCUAGCAUUAGAACAAGCUACUGACGAAGAGAGUGUAGUUGAAGAACUCGGCGAAAGUCACGAUGACGCUUACGAGGUUACUGACAAGGAGGAUAGUAGUCUGUUUUUUGAGAAAAAUGACCUUCAGAGAAUCGAAAACAAUGAAGUGUCAGUGUCUCCUGUCGUUCAUUCUGAUGUUCCUGGAGCGCCUGGGCUACGAGACGUACUUUCUGCAGAACAAACUGCGGACAGAAUCGCUGAGGGCUUAUCUGCCAUGUUGUUGGCCGAAUCUGUGAACUGCGUGACCCACAUGUUUGAAAAGCGCCGACAAGUUGCCGAAGAUGUUACGAAAACGCACGGAGAUGUAGGUGAAAAGAAAGAGCAAAAUGAUAGAACUUCGUUUAAAAACGACAAAGACUUUUUGCGGUGGUCAGCCGAAGAUGAAGUGUCUGAAGCUGACAUAAUUUCGCUCUCAGAAGGAGAGGAAUCUGUUUCUGGAUUGGACUUUAGGUCAAGGGAGCAAGACGAAUUGAUACCUAAGUCAAAGGCAGGAGAGGAUUUGUUUCCGUCUCAUGUUGACAAACCUCAGCAAGACCAGGUAGAUGAGAAGCAGAUUCAACGAGAACAAAAUGAAUCGUUGGUAAAUAAAUUCUCUGAUACAUUGCUAAAGGAGGCAGCUUCGCAAAUGAUCGCUAUUUUGAAAGCAAAACAAGCUAAGUUUCCGGAGUCGCAUAAAGGUAAAAGCACGGUUUCGGUCUCAACUCAAAAGGGCGCAGUAACAGAGGAUGAACCCCACUCAGAGGAAGAAAGUCCUCUUUCGUCUCCUAGAAAUAACCGCUUUAUGGCUGUGCAACGGUUUCCUGACGGAGUGUCCAAUUACUUGGAGGAUACAGCGACCCCGCCCGGGAGUCCGACAGAAGAGAGAAGAGCAUCUAUCGAUGAAAAAGAAUUGACAGACAAACUAGACCAACUGAGGCGGCUACAUGAGCACCUUGAUAGUUCACGCGAGGAAACGUUAGAAGAAGAUGACAGUGACCGCUUAGAAUUCAAGGUACAUACAAAUGAAAUGAUCGAGUUUCCCGCGGAGGAAGAAGAUGAAGAGGAGUUUCGUUUGCGUUCCAGAGCAGCGUCCUUCCUGUUUUCCGUCCCUCAUCACCCGAGUGAAGUCUCCCCUGUGGUUGCUUCAUCGUUAUCGGUAUUCUUCGACCGAAAGAGACGAGGGUUACCGAUAGGCAGUGGUUCGCCACCAUCGGAAAUCAUCGGAGAAGACAAAGCCGAUGAUGAUCUCGAAUCGAACAGUAAACGAGUCUACCGACGCCUUGUAUUCGAUUUGAGCGGAAAUAUAUUAAAAGAACUAUUAUCCGAGGAAGUUCCUCCAAGCCUCCCCCCUUGGAUGAAAGCCAAGCGACGGCGAAAACGCCGUCUCCAUCGCGGCUUAAAUCCGCUUGUACGUGAAAAAGACUACCUCCCUGUUGUAGAGCAACAAGUGUUGAAUUUGAUUGGUUUGGGCGAUGCCAGACCUUCCUUGGACCGAGUUCGUCGCAAAACGCCUCUUAAGGCGGGCAAGAAGGAUUUCGUCGAUGCCAUCUUGAUACAGGAGCUCCGUGAAGAUGAGCCUUUAUGGAUUGAUUAUGACGACGACGAACUUGCGGUGAAAUUCCAAGUGGCGGACGCCAUUUUUGAAUCGCUGCUUUCUGAAACUGUGAUGGUCCUGAAUGCUGUCCAAAUGAGGCGCGAGGCGAGAGCGGAUGCGUACGGGAGCUAG